AUGGCAGAGAUGGAAAAAGAGGGCAGACCUCCGGAAAAUAAAAGGAGCCGAAAACCAGCUCACCCGGUGAAGAGGGAAAUAAAUGAAGAGAUGAAGGUAAAAGAGCCCCGUGUGCCCGACUGCAUGAGAUUACGCGUGGAAACAGAGUGGUUGUGAAGAGCAUGCAUGUCUGUUGAGGCACUAACAAGGCGUCCUCAGUGGAAAUUUAAGAUGCACUCAGGUGAAUUUGGCUGCACGAUAGUCAAACUUUGAUUUAUGAUUUUUCCACUCAAGUUCCAUUGUCAUGUAUCCACGCUGAGUGCCAGCCUCAGCAGCGCUCCCUGCCAAUACGCCGCCUGCACAAUGGAUGCGGCACCCAUUCGCUGCUGCUGUUCGAGUAAGUUUUGGAUCAGUGAGAAAUUCUGGGAUCGUUCCUGUCGCUUCAUGUCAGAAUUUCUCUGUUUGUGUGCCCUGCCUUUCAGGGCUUGCCGAGAGUUAAUGGAAAAUCCGGUGCGUCAGUGAAGGCGUCAACAGUGCCUCUACUAUUACUAUUUAUACUGUUACACUACAGCACAGCGGAAACCAGCCAGUGUGCAUAAUUACUAUAAAUCAAUGGGGAAACACUCGCCAUACACAAUGCUCUCUGCGUGGAUUUCCGUCGUGCACGCAUGUUUUGUGAUUGUGUGUUUGUGUAUGUGUUUGCGUGUGUGCUGCCCAGCUGCCCAGAGGCGUGUGAUCCAGAUGUGCGUCUGUGAGCUUUACGCACUCGACAAGAGAGAGCACAUUGUCUCGGCCCGCUCGGCUCUCCUCUGAAAUAAUCACACACACGUUGUUUCUAUUCGUGCUUUUUUUUCCUGCUCGGUGCACAUUGUGAUAUUUGAGCUCCGCGCGGUUUAUUGUGGAGGAAGAAGAAAGUGUUCCUGGCAUUGGUGUGUGUGAGGCUCAGGCUGUGUGUCCGCUUUGUCUUCAUCUCCUCAUUGUUUGUACACAUUUGGCCGGGGACAGAGUGUUGGGCUGUUAUGGGUGGAACUGCAGGUGAUCACAUCAAGGAGAGGAGUGGAAAUUGUGAUUUUAGGCUUUUAAGAGAAAAAGGGGAUGGGAGCUGAGUCCUGAAGCAACCCUGGAAUAAAGCCUUUUUGUGUUUAGACACCUCCAGAAUACGAGCUGUGUUUGUGUGUCAGUGCUGCUUGUAUUUUACUUUACAUAUAAUGAAAAUAGUGCUUAUUUUAUAGAUGAAAAAUCCAGCUGCUUUUCUGGCACACUCAGCUGCAGAGUGUGCAUUUAUUAUUAUGGAUAUAGCCUUUAGAAAGAGGCAGUAAAUCACAGUAAUAUUGCAUUUAAUGUAUCUUUAAAAAAGCAGCUAUUGAAAGCUAGUUUUCACCACUGCUGUAGAGUGCUGUAAUUAUGUAUUUUUCUCCUUUGGCCACAGAGUUGCAGCAUGAGCAGUUGUCCUUGUUUUCAAAAAAUGCAUCAAAGGUUUACAAAAAGGGAAUUUCUUUCAUUUAAACUGGAAAAUGUCUUAAAUUAAUUGAAAAAUAUUUGUCCCGCUGAUCAUUUUGUGGAGAAUAACAGCUUAUUCAUCCUCCUGCUGCCUUGGUGAUUGAGGGUGUCAGGCAGGGUCUCUUCAUGGAGAAAUUUCCAUGUUUCUUCUUAUCAGGGGAGCACUUGGGGUGGUCUCUGUGGAGCUUUUAGAAUGAAGGAAAUCUUUAUGAGCGUCAUUUAAAGUGUCCUCUCAGCACAUUUAAAGCCAUUUGAUUCAGUCAUUUGUACCAGAGUAAAAAAUAAACCGCAGCUAUGUUUCAAUUUCACCUCUAUUUAACCAGGAGAAACUCACUGGGAUGAAAGUUGUCUUUUUAAGAAUGAGGUCUUCAACACACAAUGAGGAGCCAGACACGUAAUACAAGAUGUAAUAACACAUUUAAUGCAGAAGAAAAUGCAGAAAAAGAUGAUUACAAUAAAUAAAUAUAUCAAGCAAAAUUUUGGCAGCCAGAUAGGCCUGCCUCCAAGCCCUUUAAGCCAAGACCACAACUGUGGGCCUGUUUAACAGCAUUUAGCAGGACAAUCUUGGAUGCAGAUGUCUUAAAAAAGGAAUAUGAAAUUUAAAGGUACAUUUAUAUUGGUGAAAAAUCCCCUAAAAAUAUGUAUAACUGUGUUUCUCUUCACUUUAGUAAGCCUGCUUUAUCUUCAUUGAAGCAGGUCCAUGGAGGCCUCCAUCUAGUGCUGCCAUGUUUCUACUGUAGCACACAAAGGACACACUAGACACAUGCAUGUUUUUAUUUAAUGAGUGGCUGCUUAAAAUACACUGUUGGGAAAAUGUUGAAAAGAGUGGUUUUUGUUGGAUACAGAAUAAUUUGUGUUUUGAUCGUAAAAUCUUGACAAAUGGAGGAUUGUACCUAUCUCAUAUCAUGGGAGCUUCUUCCCAAAGGUCACCAUUGCUUCACUGACAGGCGGGUUGAGCAGGGGAGGGUUUGAUUGAGAAUCUAACUGCUAUAUCAUUAAGUACUUCUAUUUUCACAGGUCUCUUGGAAAGUCAUUCUAGGUUUAAGUAGCAGCUAACUUGGAUGCUCUUUCCCACUUUAGUUCAGACCUUUAGAAUUGACAGAAAGGAAAGUUCCUUCACUCCUUUGACUGAUGUUGGUUUAAGGUUUAGAAAGAAGUAGACCUGAAAAAGACUUGUAAAUAAAUAGUUGCCAGUGUUUUAGUCUAUGUGCAGACAAGGAAAAGCAACAAACACAUUCAUAAAGCAAACAGUGAUGAGUGAGGGCUUUAAGAGCUGUUGUGAAUCUCAGGGCUUCAUGACAUACAGCAUCAAGAGCAUGUAAGCAGUGAGGAGAGACAUGACCCAAGUCGAACACAGACAUAAACCAGACUCAUUUGGAUGAAACAAAAAAAGAAAAGAAAAAGAAAAAAGAAGAGAGAAUAGGGAUUUGAUUCUGAAAGAAAAACCUUUGGUCUUCUUACCUACUACUUAAUAUACCAUUACUACUCAAUUUAAGAUAUAAAAAAGACAAAAUUUGGUUUAGGACUGAAAAAUUAUGGCUAAAAUGAAAACCACAAUUGUUUUAAUCAAUAUUGAGAUCAUAAUCAUUUAUUACAAUUAUCUUUUCCUGUUAAAUGUAUUGACUAGUUUGUCCUCUUUAUUGUUUUUAAAAAAAAAGCAUAUAUAUCCUCCAGUGCACCUAUUACCAGAACUGGUGCAACAAAUUUGUCAUUUCUGACCUUCACUGACCACAAACAUUUGGUCAAAUAUAGUAUCAAAGUGCUAUACUUCCUAGAGCAUUAACAAGCUAUCAUUGGCUUGUUAAAGCUUGUUAACACUCAUUAUUGCUUGAUAAGUCUCUGUAAUGUUAAGUAAUGCUUGUUCGUGCUUGUUAAUGCUGCAGCUUCACCCUGUGCUCAUUCUGCCCCUCUGCUUUACUAACACACAGAAUUGACUGAGGAUUCAUCGCAGCUCUCUCAGUCAAAGAUUGCUAUCAGUCACAAAUCUUUGAUUAUAAGAAAGCCAAAAUUGCAAUAACCUUUAAAACUAUGACUUAACUGUUCAGCCAUCAGUCGAAAAAUAUUUUAUUUCCAAGUUUGAAGAUUUUGUAGUUGAUGCUCGAUGCUAGAGCAAAGGUCAUUACUCAGAGUUCAGCAAAACUGAUAUUUCAGUCAGUUCGUUAAAUGAAGGCCACUUCAUUGUUGAUUUGAUCUGUGGAGCAUCUCAGUUGUUAUCAGCGAAAAUGUGUCUCAAAUUUUAUUUCGAAAGCCAAACAAAAUAUGGCACACAUUUGGACAUGUCACAGAUAUAGUGCUGUAUUGAUGGUGCAUGAGUAAAAUCAGCCCCAGAGCAACAUCAGUAUCUUCCAUCAAUAGCAGGGGGAAGCUACUGAAUGGAGCAGCAGAUGUGGUUAAGGUGUCAUAACACUUUCAUAGGCUAAACAAGUUCGAUUGUAGCUCAUUACGCAACCUUGAAUUUCAUCUCCUAUUGCAUGCACACACACACACGCACACUUUAAGCGGCUGUCUGCAAAUUUAAUUUAGGGAAACAGCGAUCCAGAAAUAGAAGGCAGGGAUGUAGGAAAGAGCUGCAGCUAUUCUUUAAAUAUCUGUGUUAUAAUGAUAAAUGGUUUGAGCUAAAAGUGAUUCAUUUUAAAUAGAUCUGGGUGUAUCACAUAUGAAAAAACACAAAUUAACUGUUGAGUAAGUAGAAAUGAAACUGUAAACCUGAAAACAUCAUUGCUACCUGCAGAGAAAGUUCAUUAACACUGUGCAAUUACUGCAGCAAACUGAGUUGAUUUCUGUUAGAACAUAAAAAAAACUCUGCUGUUAAAGACAAAAAAGCUUCAGUUUGUUUCUCUCUCUCAUCCUCAAUAUUUCAGACCAGUGCCAGAGGAAAAAACACACACACAGACACACAAUGUGCCCUUGUGAAGGAUCAUACUCUGAAAAACCAAACAGUCUGACAGUGUUUCCUUCAUCUGGCUGCUUAAUGUGUGCCACGGUAAAAUAAGCCCCGGUGAGUAAUCAAGGAGAAGGAGGAGUGGGCAUGAAGGGGAUAUGAGAGGCUGCAGAGUGGGCUAAGAAACAGAGGAGAAAGGAAUGUAUACAGCGCAGGGCUGGCUAAGCUGUAAAAACUGUAAUCUGAGUGUCUCUGCUGGAUCAGAUAUCAAGGAAAGUAGAGGGAAAUGAAAGCAGAGGAGAGGGAGAGGCCAAGGAGGAGGAGGAGAGAGGGAGAGAGGGAGCAGGGGAGUGGAAAAGUGGAGAAUGAGAAGAGGGAGGAGGCGAAGGGAAAGUUGGCGUGUGUAUUCGGGAAUGUUAUCACGGUGUACAGUGACCUGCUCUGGUUUCUCCCCGCAAGGUAUCUGAUUCCCACCACCAUCAUUACCACAGGCCCUGCUGACCAUGAAGGGGUCUUAGUGGAGGAAAACAAGGGAGGAGACCUAGGAGAGGCACGAUUUUACAAGUAUUUUUACCAGUACUUAGUUUCUGAAUACACGAUGGAGAAGGGCCAGCUGUGAGUCUGUGCUAAAAGUAUUAUCACUAAUUAUUCUGCAAAGGCUCAGAGAAACCACCAGCUUAUCUUGAACUGUGCUGCUGGCCAGUUGAGAACAAAGUGGAUUUACUCGUGUUAAUAUUUUAAUUCUUUCUCCUGACAGUGUGAUGAAUACAACUAAAUAUUGGUGUGAUUUAAAAUCUGAUGGAAAAAAACAAAACAUUUUGAUUGUACACAUAAUCUGAAAUAUAUGUAGAGUACGUAUACAUUCAGGUAUGUGGAGCUGAGAAGGGAUAUAUGAGAGAUGCAAAAUGUCAGCUUAACACCACCAUCAUUCAAAGUGUCGUAAAAAACAGUCUCAUACUCUUUUUAGUGAUUCCAACUCUUAAGUUCAUAUGCAACACAACAGUUUUGGGUAAUUCCCAACAACAAAAAUACACAAAUCAGUCUGGGAAGUGGUACCCAAACAUCUCCGAUGUUCUGGUGCAUACAAAGACUAUUUUAUCAAUGUUGUCUGGUGGCUUUGAAGAGAGCAGUAAAUGGCUGUGUCUGAUUUUAAAAUAGCAUCUUGUUACUUUGAAGGUCUAUCUCUGCAUGGAUCAUUUCUAUGAUGAUGUUUGAUGAUUAGAAAAACACCACUGACUGUCCGCAGCAAAGACGAGCACUUUUUGUGGAUGCACUUUGAUUUGCUGAGGGGAGGGUUCAGACUUUUUGACCGGGGUGUUCACAGAUAUGCACAUGUCAUGAAGUAUAUGCGCACACCAUUUUUGCAUCCACUAAUUAUCCAACAUUAACAGGCUUCUGUAAAUUCUCAAAUACAAAUGAGGCCUUUGCCUUUACUACAGAAUGUACCAGGCCUUUAUAUGAAGCAGGCUUGUAAUAAAGGUAGACUAUUAUUUAAAACUCUGUUUGUUUUUGUUCUUUCAUUAACAAUCAGUAUUCUUAUAUAUUAUGCUAGCAUGUCAGAGCUGUAAACAAGAUGUGAGGGUGCUCAGUUUUAAAUUACAAUUAAUUGGCAUAUUACAGUGAGGGAAUGGAGAGAGUGAGAGAGAACAGCACAGAUAUACAGUCAAACAUGGGCUUAAGUGCUGAGGUGAGACAAAAAUGACAUAUUUGAUUAUAAAUUCUGUUGUUGCUCUUUGUAACUUUGACCUCGGUUAGUGUAUGAAAUAAACAGGAGUCUCUGCUAACACACACAGACGUGAUGGCUGUCCUUUUGGACCAAUUCUGAAGCAGGCUGAACAUGAGUCCAAAGACGAGAUUAUGUUUUUAUUCUCACACUCAACAAAAGUGCAUAAACAAGACUCAAAUGCAGACUCAGAACAGGCUACAUUAACCUGACAAGUCUGGAGGUUAACCUCUUUGGUAGGGCAUCAAAAAUAAGGACUUAGUUUAUCCAAAUUUCAAAAACAUAUCCAACAACUCCACCCAUGUCAAUAAAUUAAAUCCUUAUUUUUAGCAUACAAUAUCUUAAGACUUAAAAUUGAUAUCUGGAUUGUCCAUUUAUUUCUAUGUAUUUUUACAUUUUUACCAGGGAUAAGACAAAUACUGGAAACGCAUGACCCUAGGUUUUGGCAGAUAUCUGAUAUACUAGUAUUCUCAAACCCAUUUUAAUAUCUUAACUAAGUUAUACUUUCUAUUGUAAAGAUUGCCCAGUCUCUCCUGGCCUUCCACUCUUAUCACAGUCUAUUCAUUUUAGAAACAUUUGUGUAACAAGACAAACAACAUUUGAACCAUAAACUCCAAUGAAGUUGUGACGUUCAGUAAAAUGUGAAUAAAAACAGAAUACACUGAUUUAAUUGGACUUUUGACUUGCAUUCAGUUUAAUAAAUAUCUAAAGUUCAAACAUUUCUGAAGCAUGUUGUUGUCAUCAAAUUUGAAAUACACAAAUAAAUUUCAACAGUAACAUUUUUCAAUUUCAACAGUUAACAUGUUGUCUCUGCACUAUUUGCAUUUCAUUAAAUACAAUCCUUGUGACACCACACCUCUAUGAUGGAACACAGCAGGCAGCGUUAAGUGUAAGGUAACAAUGAUUUCAUUGAAUACGUCUGUUUACUGAAUGGUACAGAAAGUCUUUCAAGGACAGAAGGUAACACAGGGCUGCAGUCUACUGAACAGACUUUACAAAUGAACACACAGUACAAUUAUUUAUUACUUGUACCAUAAAUGAUAAGUGUAAAUCUUUCAAAUACAGGCAUGCAGACAAAUGGUCACUGCUUUAUUUCUUCAUUGAAUGACUGAAGUGGAGGAUGCAGACAGGUUUUCAUUUGCACCAGCACUUAUUCUAUUUCUUAGAAAACCUUGGUCCUGUUCAAGAUGAUUUGUACUUUUACAAAAGUCCCACAGGACUAUUGGAAGAACACAAAGUGGAGGUAUUGCUUCUGUCAUGUCAGUUUCUUUUAAACUGUAUGCAAUAAACACACCAGAGCCACUCUGAUGAAAAUCAUGUUUUCUUGUUGUCUACAUGUUCAUAUGACAUUUUUCUGAUGCUACGGUAUCAUGAGAAAACUAACUGCGCAAUUGUAUUUUUGAGUAUUUCUACAUUUAAAUCGCUGUGAAUCUCUGGCAUACCUAAACGGCAGAUUCAGAUUCAGUGAGAUUUCCUGCGUAGCAAAUCCAAGCUCCACCGCCGGCGCCCCGCUAAGCAGGCCACACUCGGAAAAAUAGAGAAUACGAUCGCGGAACAAGCGUGUGCGUUUGUGGAUUGUAAUGCUCAUCAGAAAGCUAAUUAUGAUAUUAACUUUCAUCAUGUCCACAAAGACAUUAAUGUCCAAGAGCUAAAUAGCUCCUAUGUUACCUGAUUCUUCUACUACGCCAACAAUGUUAGGCUGCAAGCUAGCAUGAAGAGUGCUAGUUUGUGCAGAGCAGUGCUGUCUCCACCCACGACUCAGAGGCGAAUUGCUAUUGAGCUACGGGAGCUCUGCAGAAGAAGAGCCGUUGAAAAUGACACAGGUAAAGCAAUUUUGGCUGAAACCUUCAUGAUCACAACUCAAAGACCACUGAUAACACUUUAAAUAGUGAAAAAAACGAGGGGAGGAGAAGGGGGAGGACACAUGUCUCUUUCUUGGUUGACAGGUCACCAUGGCAUGGUUAAUGUCUUGUAAAUCAUAGUUAAAGAUGCUCACUUAGAAAAGAUGAUAAAAAACACCAACAUUUAGAUCCCUUCUCUGAGAACUGUGAUUCUCAUCAACUUUGUUUUUCCUUAUUCUCCUCUAGGGAUGGAGGGGUGUGAGGUCCAAGACCUUUUUGGAGAUUGUGGUGGUAAACUAAAGAUUUGGGGAAUAAAAACAAAGUAGAAGUCACUCACUGUAUAAAAAUACGAAUUCUGCAGCUUGGAAAAUAAACCACCUUUCCAGUUGACCUUUAGCUCUGUUCGAGGUGUUGAGAAGAUUUUCAGAUGAAUAAAUCUGCCAAAACGAGCUGGAGUCUCUGUUUAACCAGAUCAAACAGCUUUACAUCCAGCGUUACAUGCAGACAUCUGUAGCUGCCUCUGUGCCUCCAACGCUUCUUCCUCCCCGGCUCAACCAGAGCCAAAGUUGGUGCUGCAGCUUUCAUCAGCCGCCAACCAGGAUUAGAUUGCACUCUUAAUAUUACUCCCACUUUCUCAAAGUAGUGGGGUGACACAGAGGACAGGAUGGUAGAACUGAAAGAGAGGGACUCAAAGAGAGGCUGUGUUUUUGUCUCUGGAUGUGGUUAUUUAACAGCUACAUCUGUUUUACUUGAGACUACAUUCAGGUUGAUCCAACUAAUUUGUCUGAAAGGGGAUAUUCUCCUUUCAGAUUCUCGCUCCUUUUCAGGUUUUAUCCUUGUUCUUGGGCUAAUUGCUCCAAAUGUGCACCCUGGGUUCGCACUCAUGACUUUACCAGAUUAUGAGAUUUUUAUUUUGACCUGACAAACAUCCCUCUACUGGGUUCAUGCAUUAUCUCUUUGUACAACUGUUUUAGCCAGUGGGAACCCUGAUCCACCUCUGCCUAGUAUUAUCUGAAGGGUUUUAUCCUCAUAAUGGUAAGCGUCUACAAUGACAGAUAAUCAUUUUAAAUUGUCUUUUCACUUUCAGCAUCACUUUUACUAGACCUAAACUGGACAUGCUUAUUUAUUAUUAAAAGUUUAAAAUUAACUCAAGUUAACACCAUGAAAAUUGUUCACUGGUAAGAACUGUUAAAGCAGAUGGAGUGUCUACUAUGGUUUUGGAUCAUUUCCACUGCCAGGGAUUGUGGACUGUUGAGUGGGCCUGUGUUGAUCGAUAUUUCCUUGGCUGCAGUUGUCAAACAUGAGCAAAGAGAGCAGAAAGUUGAUCGGAAAGUUUUGUAAAAAUUUGGCACCAGCCAAAGCUACACAGCUGUCAUUUAUCAGUGUGUUCAUGGCUUUGAACAAAUAAGAACAUCUCAGCUAAUGGCUUACUAAGGCAUGGAUAAUAAGCAUUUUUUACCCAUCACAUUGCAAAGACUCAAAUCACAGCAAGGGUUUUUGUCUAAUUUUUUAGUCACAAUAUCUCAUAAGGCUUAUUUUAAGCCAAGAUUAUCUGGCAAGUUCAGAAAAUAUAUUAUUUUGACUUUUUUCAAGAUAUUACAUACCAAAAAUGUAAGACCCAAAUUGCCUGUGAUGAAUGAAAAACAACUUUGAAUGGACUAUUGUAAUAAGCCAGUCAAUUAUUUCAAGAAACCUGAAAACUAAAGUUUUCUCACUCCAAUGACAGAUAUUUUUUUUACUCAUUUACAAGCAGCACCAGUCUAGUAUUCUACACGUAUUAUCUUAAAUUAAGAUAUUUCCCUGGCUUUAUGUCAGAAAUUCAAAGCAAAAUUUUCAUUUUUUGCAUUGUUAAGUCACUCUGGUCAUCACAUUAUAACUGUUCAUGGUAAUGGUCUGUUACUUCUGCACAACAGACUGUCACAACAAUGCAGCUCAAAUCACAAUCUUUAAAAAAAAAAAAAAACUCUUGGCGACUAAGUAUGACUGCUCAGGUAGAAGUCUGGUUAGCUUUUAUUGAUAAGUAGAUGGUGAGGGAACCAAAAAAAAAUAAUAAUAGUAAUAAAAAUAAAAAAUGAAAACAACUGAAAUAUGGCAGGAAAGGCUCAAGACAUGGUAUAUUCAUAAAGUUAAAUAUGGAAUAUUACAACCCUUAUUGUCACUUGUUAGGGCCUGUGUCCACAAUUUUAUUUUUCUCUUCCUGCACUUUUUUUUUUUUUCUUUAAAAAACAGUGUGAUGUACAGUGUGGCGUUUCAUUCUUGGCAUCAGCUGUUUUUUUCCCACAGUGCUAUCAGGGCUCUUGUUUAAAAAUAGUUUAAGAUGAGAGCACUGCUGGGCUUACAAUGCCACAUCUCCACCGAUCAGAUCAAUCAGACUUAAGAAGGGGCGAGAUUACUGAUUUCAUCUUUGUCAAAAGAAAAACAGAUCUAUACGAAGAAGUGUACAAUUUUCAGGUCAAACUGCUGCUCAUGGCAGGAUGUGACUGUUCAAGCUUUCUUUGUAAAAUUUCAUUGGGACUGUAACCGUCAUUAAUACGUUUUUCAAAAUUUGCAAUACUUUUGCUCUUUUCAAAACCACAUCUCUUUAAAUGUUAUAAUAUCCAUUACUUUUCUGUGAAAUACAUCAUGUCAAAAGUCUUUGUGUUCAGGGGCUCUUUUUCUACCAGCACAGAGUGUCAGAUGGAAAAAAAAAAACAUCCAGCAAAAUUGACCAUUACAGAAGUUUUUGUAGCUGUGGUAUUAAAACUGGCAUAAAUACUGCUUAAUUUUGGUGAUGACUCUAGUCAUAACUAGAAGAAGUGGAAGUGAAACAAUGUGCAUAACCUGGCAACAGUGAGUGCUGCUCCUGAUAUUAAGGUUGUGGGCACUGUGACCAAAAAUCAGUGUCAGUGAACACAGGCAGUGCAGCAUGCAUCCUUUUGUUUUCCAAUCCAUUUUCCCAGAGACAGCAAGUUGUCCCAAAUGCCAUGAAUAAAUGUUCAUCAGUUUCUCUACAGACCACAUGGAUACGUUUUUCGCUGUCAGAUGCUAACUUUAGCUCUGCUCAGGCUGUGGCACUUCAUCAGAUUCUCAGGAACCUUCAGGCGGAGAGCACACUGCUGUCACUUAUCAUUGUUCAAGCACAGUGUCGUUCAAACCAGAGCUGUCCUCAUUAACAGCCUUCACUGUUUAACUGUCCUUUUUGAAAAAACCUCUCUGACAAAAGUCUGAGCCUGUAAGUGCUUUAAUCAAACCUUAACCGUUUGAAAGAAGUGCCACACAUCCUCUUAUUGUUGCUUCGGUGUUAAUUGGCGGAUGCUGUCUGUCUGAAUUUGAUAUCUGAAGAGUUACACACAUUUAUGAUCGUUCUCAUGAUGUGCACUGAAAUGUUCCUGCAGAAACAAAUGUAUGCUGGUAUUUCUUAUGACCACAAACUGCUGCUCACUUCACCUGUCAUUGACUCAAGCCAUGGACUGCACCCAUGCCUUCCCACUGACUACACCACCACAAUGGUAUUCCAUAACAGGCAGAUCAAUAACUCCUGUCAUUCUGCAUUAAUAAGGUCUCCUAAGCAUGCCUAAUCUUCAGUUCAGUUCCACAGAUUAGCAAAAACCAGAAGCCUUGUAUGAAUGAUCAAAUAUUCUGAGAGGAAAAUACAAAACAACUAUGAACUUCUCUACAAACUGUGGUCUAAACAUGACGAUGAAGCAGCCUGUCUCCUUUAUUCUGCACCACAGUGUCUCAGAUCGACAAAGAGAUACUUCUGCCUCAGUCUAAACAAACGUCUCUGUGUGUGUCUUUCAGCUUAGUGCCAUCGUAUUUUCCUGUCUACAAUACAACUUACAGCAAUAUCCUGUGUAUGCUGCUUUGGUAAUUCAAUUUGUGUCAAUUUAUUAAGUCAAUCGACAAAUGUUUUGUGUGGAGGCUCCAUGCAGAGUCUCCACCAGGCCAUGCCGUAUCAAUGUGUAGAACGAUCUAUUCCUACUCAACUGAUUUUAGAGCUGCAGAGUGAAUUUGUGCAUAUACAUACAUUAACCUUGUGGUUUUACUUUAUUUACCCAAGUUAAACUCUGGUUUCAGGAUGUCACAGUUGUGUAGUGGUAAGCAGUUUCGCCUCACAGCAAGAAGGUCCUGGGUUUGAAUCCAGGUCAGGGCGCUUCUGUGUGGAGAUUGCAUGUUCUCCCUGUGUCUGCGUGGGUUUACUCCGGGUACGCCGGUUUCCUCCCACAUCCCAAAAACAUGCAGAGGUGGGUUUAGGUCAAUUGGCCACUUUCAAGUUGCCCAUAGGUGUAAGUGUGGAUGGUUGUUCGUCUCCAUAUGUCAACCCUACGAUGAAUUGGUGACUUGUCCAGGGUGUCCCCUUCCUUCACCCUGAGAUGCUGGGAUAGGCUUCAGCUCCCCCAUGACCCCCCAAUGGGGAUAAGUGGUAGAAAAUGGAUGGAUGGAAAUUCUGGUUUCAGAAUCAGUCACUUUUCUUCCCGCAAGGGAUCACAAAUCAAUUCCUGAGACCUUCAUCCAGUAGUUAGCAAACACUCUUUGGACUCAACUUAGAAGUUUGUUUUUUAAAUGAUCCUCUAGGUAUUCAGUCUCACCAAAGGGAUGGCAGAGGUGAAUUUACAAUGUGUAGUGUCACCCAUUUACCUUUAACGUACAUGCAAAAAUGGUUGUAAAGCAGUAAAAUAAAUGAGCUGUUAUUAAGUGGGCUGUUAUUAUUCAGCUCAGGUUUUAUUCAUUAAUUUGAUUUUUAUCUUGCUUUUGGCUGUUGUCAAGGAGAAUAUCAGCCAAACCAAAAGCAAAAUCUAAUUUAUCAUUCGUCUUACAUAAAGUCAGUCUUCUCACUGACCGUCUGGUUUGUCCUGGUAGGGCUCUUUGUGAUUUCAGAGUUGAUAUAUAAGUAAAAUCAAUAUUUAAUUAGCAAUUUCCUUUCAAGUUUUUAUUAAGGCCAUAUCUGCACUAUUAAUGUAAAAAUAUCAAGAUGCAGCCUAUUGGUUACAGCUGAUUAUCUACUAAUUGGGGUUUUUGGUGUUUGAGCUCAGCUCCACUGGUCAGCAUGUUGAUGUGUGUUUGGAAAGGAUUCUGAGCCCCUAAUUAACUGUUGAUGAAUCUGCUUUAUAUUCAAUCCUAAAGAGCAGGCACCUCAUGUAGUUCUGCAGCACAAGUGUGCAAAUGUGUGUGUAAACUGGAGCAUGUUAAUAAGCACUUUAAGUGGUCAGAAUGCUGAUAGGCUGCAUAUUUACAAGCAGGCCUGGGAAAAAGGCAAAGGGUCCCCUCCCUAACACACACUCUGACACACAUUAAGAUAGUCUCUGACAUUAAAUGAGUCAUUGAUAAUUCAUAUUCCUGUUUUAAAACUAAUAUUUCAAAUAUAUUGAUGUAAAACAGACACUGUUUGUGUAAUAUAUGGCACUGGUUACAUAAACAUAAUUGCACUUUCUAAAACCCCGUCUUUUGUCUCUGAGUCUGUUGCACAAUUACCUUUUUUCGCUCUGUCCAGAGAGUGAGCCCCUCAUUCAGCCAUGUCUAUCUCUCUCCUCUCUCUCCUCUUUUGCUCCAAACUUGUGACCAGCGCUGGUGACUCUGGUCUGCCCAUCUAUAUACCUGCUGUCUCCUCAGCUCAUUCUCUCAGCUCUAGAGCAACAAGUCCUAGCAGUGUUGCCUGUUGUGUUGUCAUCUACUGUCAGAGAAGACGUGGUUUAAUACAAGCCAACAGACUCGAACAGUGAGGUUCGGUUGUGUCUGGUCGUUGGUGGCCGUGCUAACUUAACUGUUUUAUCUCGAUGAAGAUUGCUCUUGUGGGAUGCUUCCUCUUCUUCCUCUUCAAAUCUUGUAAGAAAUUUGUUUAUGAGCUUCCUCACACCUUUCUCUGUAUCCUCUCUUUUUAUUUUUCUUAUUUUCUUUAAUUUUCUGCAGACCUGAUUUUUGAAGACUCGCUAUUUUGAUUGUUCACAGUCGCAGGAGAAGUGUUGGAGUUAGCCAAUGGAGCCUUUGAGUUAUGUGGUAUAGUAAGGCAAACCAUUUUUGCAUUAAGAUAUAGUAUAAAUGUUUUACACCACUAUGUAUUGGAAAAUUUAGCAAAUUAAAUCAGAAAAAGCUUUACAAGUGCAGCUCAAAACAUAAUCAUAUAACAAAAGGACUAUUUUAGAAAUUUCAAAUGGUUAAAAUGAUUAAAGGUCCUGUUUGUGUCAACUUUGGCGGCCCCUGUGGACAAAACAGUCUUUACUAACCUUUGCCUUGAAAUGUUAAAAUAGUUUCCUCUGACAAAAAUCUGUGUAAUUUACAUACUGUAUAUUUUUGAUGAAUAUCUAAUGAGAAUAUAAAGACAGAGCUUUUUUAAAGAGCAGCUCCAAUGACAACAACCCCCACCAACGGCUUCAUGUUAUUAAAAUUACAGUAAAAAAUUGUUAACCUUCUCAUUGAUGGUCACUUGUUUGCUUUUAUUUUAUCAUGAAAAGGCAUAAAUGUGAAUGGAGGUCUACUUUAAAAAUGUACCAAAAAAAAAAAAACAACAGCUCCGCAAAGGAGCUUUGAAUAAAAAAAAAAAAUGUAAUUAGUAUUUAGGACAGAGACUUUUUGUCACAAAUCCAUUAUCUCAAAUUAUUAGGACAUUUUCUUAAAAUCAGUUCAAAAAGGAUCGGAGGUACAAAUAUGUUCAGUGUAGUAUAAAAGUAUAUCCAUUUACACACUCAGUACUAGCUUUGGGCUCUUGAACCAUGAAGUACUCCACCAGUAUGGUGUGGUAUGGAGAGGAUAAGCGUGUUGUUCAGGUCAGGGGAGUUGGCUGACCAGUCAAGCACAACAGCAUCAUGGUCAGCGAAACAUUUGGUAGUAGUUUUGGCGCUGUGGGCAGGUGAUGAGAAGAAAGCUUGUCAGCAGAUGGAGGUAUGAAGUGCACCGAAAGCUCCUGGUGCAUGGAGACAUUAACUUUGGUCUUGAUUAACCACAAUCGACCCAUGUACAAUGGAGUCCGUUUACUUUGUAGUUCACGAGGAAUCUAUAUACUGCAGUGAAAGGGAGAAUAUUUGAUAUGAUAGAUUUUUUUCUAUUAUGGUUUGAAGACAAAACAUUGACUUUAAAUGUGUGUACUCAUGUACAUCUAUAUUAUUAAAUAGUUAUAGCUGAAUAGCUCAGAGUAAAAAGUCAGAUGAACUGGGUGGCACUGAACCACUCUGACACAGUCUGACAUAUUGACAGGAGCAGCUUGUAAUUGACAUCAAACAGCUUGAUGUAGUGACUGAUGAGUGAAAGCUGCUGUCAUGAUAAUAUAAUGAAGUCAAGUGGGACUGGCUGUAAUCAUGAACUGACUUGUGUCUUGUCAAUACAAUCUGGAGUAAAGCCCACCAGUGACUGAAUUGUUGAAUCUCUGCAGGGUGAGUGUUGAUGCAUAUGAUGGGGUUCUUCAAGCUGCUGUUGAGUCUUUUAUUUGCAGCUUUUGAGCACAAAUUCUGGUCUGGCUUUUUCAUCAUUUGGAGAAAAUCUCAAGAAAUGUAUUUUGCUUUAAUAUUGAAAACAUUACUUAGAGCACAAAGGAGCAGCAUUUCCUCUGAGCAGAUACUUUGAUGAGCUGUGAAUAAUAAUUUAUCACACGGACCAAAUAAUUACAUCUGAUCAUCCUCAGCCAUCGCUGCCUUUUCCAGACAAAACAUUUCCAUCUAACUUAAAUGCCCAAAAUGUAGCUGACGCCUAUAGAAAAGAAAAGGUUCAGUGAACAGAUGCUUUUGGAAGUGUGCAUGCUGAGAGGUGUAAAGAGAUAAUGGAGUGUAUGCAUUAGCAGGGUUAUGGUUUUAUUUUGAGUAAAGUGUUUAUUUACUGUUUUAUGAGUGGCUUUUACAGAGGAAAUACAUCCAUAUAUCACCUCUUUGGAGUUAAAUUUUAUGCUACCUGCAGCCAAUUUCUGCUCUUUGCUUUGCUGUGCUUCAGAAAAAUGGAGAAAGGGUGAAAGACUCUAAGGGGAAUCUGCCACAAGCAACAACAAAUACUGUUAAUCAUGAAGCGUAUGGAGCAUUUUAUGUUUUUCAAUGCUUUGGCAGCUCUAAUACUCCACUUCAACUAGUUUUCAGUGUUAUUCAGCUGUACAUGUUUGCACCAAUCUAGGAAAUAGGAAAGUUUAGGCAUAUCUAAAGGUUAGAUUUUUGAUUGAAACACUCCUUUACUCACCCUCCUGUUGUUUCAUGAGCUACAGUGGCCUCAAAGGACAAAAAGCUCCUGUCAUGCUUCAUAAAGAUCAUCCUUAGUCUUCAAGUUUUCACUACUAAAAAAUGUAUCACGAUAAGAUUUGCCAUUCUGGCGAUAACAAUAGAAGUUCAGAUAAAAAAUAUUAUAAUUCCAUUCUAUAUUUUGGACUCAUUUUGUCUUGAGAACACCAGUUGGAAUAGUCAAAUAAGAUACUUAACCAAAAGUCUGAGUGGUAGUUUAUGGAGAAAAUUGAUGACAUCAAACAAGUCUCAAAUGUGAAAACGUUUUCAACAUUUGUGAAAAAACUUUUAUUGCACACAGUGAACAGCAGCAGAUCUACUGUCUGAAGUCAGGCAGACCUGAUUGCACUCAUCUAAACCCCAAUCUUGAAGGAAAUCUCUCAUGUGGAGCCUCAUUCAGUAACAAACUGCUCAGAGACGUAUUCUUCAUUACCUUCGACCAUGUUUGUUUGUUAUUCUGCUCUGUGUGGGCUAUGGCUGCAAGUCUGUUGCUCGCACUUAUGUCAUCAACUUGCAUUUUUCGUAUUUACCAUGAGAUGGCAAAUAUUUAUCAUGGAGGAUUUUUGUAAAGAUAUAUAGUGAACGAUAAUUUAUCGCCAAUCCCUAGUUGUGAACAAGGAAGCCAUGUACUCAGGUGAUCAGACCCGAAUUUAAACUUAUUUACAAAUAUUACAUUUAAUUUCCCCAAGUCUAUUCUGCUUAAUGCUGCUGAAUACUACAGACUGUCCCUUUAAUACUCAACCAUUAUACGGUGAAAACCACUUACAGGAACACUUGAACUUUUAUGGCAGUUUGGUCUUCACUUUCUUAAUUAGUCAGCAGUGCUUCUCCCGUGUAAUUGAGCUAUAAAUGGAAUGAAAGCCAGCAAACAGUUGGCUAAGCUUAGUAUAAGCCCCUCCGCAUAUGCAGUCCUGAACACUUCUCAAGAACUUCCAGACAGCCUGCCUCUGACAUUUUCAAAAGUUGUUUAUUCACACAUUUCCCCUCACAACGAGUCAAACAGGGGUUGUUUGAGGAGUAGGCUGUGGAAGUAAAUGAGUAAUGUUGACAACAUAUCUACAAUAGAGUUUUUUUGUUGUUGUUUUUUUUUACCUUUUAAUCAGUUAUGUGUCAUUAGACAUGUUCAACAAAAGAGCAGAGGAAAGAAGGCUAUGUUGGAGAGGAGUAUGAAGCAUCCUCAAAAUGCGAUUGCACUGGUGACACACAAACAAAUAGCUUCACUUUGUUCUUGUUCCUCACCUCAGGGCCCUUUUCAUCAACAGCCUCCCAGGUUUAUAUGACCCCUUUAGAUGCAGACAGGAUCCAGACCAUUUUCAAUCAAUCACAUGAGCUCUCAGAAAGAGGAGAGCUUUGACAUAUCUAUAAAGGAUCAUCAGCCCAUGAGUCAAACCCUUAUCUCUGCUCUCACCAUUUUCUUGUCUCUAUUUUACUGUUCUGCCAUAAGUUCUCUAUAUGCUGGUUCAUGUGCUGUGAUAGCCUUCUUAUCACAGUCUUUAUUACACCCCGAUAACAUCCUCCUCUGUUAUUGUUCCACCAGACAGACCAUUAGUUUGGCUGGGUGCUCACAGAGCAGCUGUGGGACAGACCGAAACCCAAUUAAGUUGACCUGUUCUGAUAAAGAGGACCUGCUGAAAAAAAAAGAAGACAUUCGGUGGUUUUUCUCAGUGCGCAGCUUUUAAGUUGGAGUGAGGAUCGAACAUGUCUGCCUAAUUAGUAAGAAAGAUGUGGUAUUGUGGAAAAAUCUGAGAAGCUGGUUUACAAAGUCAAGGUCUCAGGAGAACAUGCAACAAAGAACUGGACUGUUGCGUUUUACUUUAAAGUGGUAACUUCAUCCUUCCUGUCUCAAUCCUUUAUUACAAUUGAAAAGAUAUUUUCUGGUGUGAAAUUUGUGUCUUUCAUUUGCUCUUCUGUAUUUUCUGAAUAUUUCUAACCUGUAAAGCAAGGUAAAUCCUAAUUAAUACACAUGUUUUUUGGAUCUCUACAUUUUCAGUGGGAUCACUUUUUUUUUACCUUUAAAAAAACCAAAUGAAUACAACCCCAUACAUGUGCACAGAUAACCCGCCAGAGGAAAAAGGCAUGCCCGAGUGGGUCCUAUAUAUGGCACACUAAAUGACUGUUGUCAAUAAAUGACACAGUGUGGAUUAUCAUCUUUAUUGUGUGUUAUUUCAUCUCAGUCUUCCCUUUCUACAGGUAACAGUGCAUGUUGUUAACAUAAACAUACAUACAACCACAGAUUAUGUCAUGAUGCAGUAAAAAACAUGGAAAUCCAGCCACAUACUCACCUUCAGUUUUUUAGUUUCUCUUAUUUAACCUCUGAAAAUUGAAAAGCCAAAAAAGCUGCUGUGGUUGGAGAGGAAGGGAACUCUGGGUAGUGAGUGAUGCUGUCUGCUGCUGGUAUCCUCUGAUUCAGAGAGGUCCAGUUUUUAUCAUAUCCUCUUUGUCCAUUGGCAUGGGGGCUAAUAGUUUACAACUCAGGAUCUCUACAACCCUCUGUUUAGCACAGAAUUUCCUCCUUUCUUAAAUUUGGUCUGUAGAGCCUCAUUCUUCCUCUGUGAACUGCUGUCACAAAAGUAGAAUAUGUUUCAUUUUUUAUAAACAAAAACUGAUGUAUAGUUUAAAGUCUAUUUUGACACUUUGUUUAAUGAAUUUGAAUGUUAGGGUUCAGGCCUGACAGGGUUAAGUUACUGCAUGGGGACCUCAGUCUUAACAGUCAAAUGUUUCACUUGCAGAGUUUUGCAGAAAACACCAUGAACGAGCUGCUGGGCUGGUACGGCUACGACAAGGUGGAGCUCAGAGAUUCUGACAACCUGGAGAUCGGAGAGACGCCUCAGCACAUCUCUGUCCUCAAAGGUAUGAGGCUGUAAUGAAUAGUGCAGUAUUUCUUUUGUAUUGAGAUGUGAAAACAUUAAGUGCUAAGUUUGCAGCAUUCAUCAUUAUCAGCUGCCACCUCCGUUGGAUCCUGUGCUGCAUGCCAAUUUAUAACACUUAAAAAAUCAGUCAUGUUGUAAAACAUUACUGAUGUAUUCUUCCUCUGCCAAGCGUGACCCUGACAUUUUUUCUUUUGUAAAAACCCCAAACUUUCUCCAUAGAUAAAUUUUGACUUCUAAAGCCUUUAUUGAAUGGACUGGACUGUGGAUAGAGUCAGAUAAAGGGGAAAAUGAUGUUAGGUCUGGUUUGACCUGUCAUCUCACCUCAGAUCUCUGUUGUAAAAUAUGUUCAUACCGGUCAAGUUUUGGCUUAAAAAUAUAAGGGAAAUGUUCACAUAUAUAUUUCAAUAUGGGAGAUUUACAGGAGAAUAUUAAUACAGAAAGAAAUCGGGAAAGAGGGGUAAAAUACGGUAGUUUCCCGUCACAAACAGUAUUUUUUGGCCACCAAUCAGCAACAGUUAAAAUAGCUCUAAAGCCACUCACACAUGUUUGAUAGAGCAGAAAAAAACGACUUUUGAGUUUUGAAUUGGAAAGGGAAAACUUGCUAGAUUUUGGACAAAGUACUUAAGUUUUGGGCUUAGUGUCUUUUUACAUAAUUGACCAAUUAUUACAUUUCGGGUUUUGUUACAUUUUUUGUAUAACAUUUUGGGUCAUUGGUACAUAUUGGGCUCUAACAGACAUUAUUAGAGACAUAAACAGGGACACAGCCCACAACUGAUUAAGUCUGCAGCCGUUUUAUCUACAUUACACAGUCUAAAGACUCUGCCAUUAUCCAAAACAUGCUCUGCUCUGUUUUUUAUGUUAGCCUGUUUUUGAAUUUUGUAAAUUUGUUUGAAAUCAGGCUCUUUGUGUUUUUGAUCUCCUUUGAUUUUCCGGGCUGGUUUUUACUUUUCUUAAUUUUAGACAAGAACCCCCGCUUCACAUUAUCAGUCACUCACUAUACGGAAUCCUGUUUAUUACCAGCCUGCCAACUGGAGAUACAAACAAGCCAGCACAAAGCAUUGAAUCAGAAAUGAUUUGAUGACACUGCAAAAGCCUAUACUGUGAUGCAGUUUGGUUUUGCUGCAUGUCUGUUUUCUUCAAUUUGAUGGAUGUCGCCAUUAUUCUUUGUGUGUUUAACAGCUCUCUCUGUUGUUCUUUGGUUUCCUUUUACUUGUUGGUGAAUUGUCCAUUAUUCUGAACUUUUGUGCUCUAAAAUUAAUUGAAUAAUAAAAAAAAACAUUGUUCCCAUUAGAAACUAAAAUGUAGAUGCAGCACCACCAACUGCAGACGUGUGUCUGGCUCUUUUGGAUUGAUCUGUUAUCGCACAUGUGAUGUGGUUGACCCUGAUGUCACUCUUCCAAUCAGAAUGAAAAACUAGAACUGUUGUUAUGCGGUUUUGACCAAUCAGAAUCAAGUUAUUUAUGCAGCUGGAUGACUACUCUGAAAGCUUGGUAAUAAAUGGAAAUAAUACACUGGAGAACCAGAGUGGUAAAUAGCGACUCUUUCUGAUUGUAGGCAAAGCAGGCCAAGGUAUUAUUGUAUGGUUUGCAGUGAGUUUCUCAGCAUCUGAUGGAUUUUAUUUCCUUUAUUUCAUCUUUCCAGAAAACUUGUUGCCAAAAAUCCCAGCUUCAACAGAGAGCUGUGAAGGCUCUCCAGACCGAGCCAACAGCUCCCAGUCUCUGCCAGCCUCCAGGAACGGAGUCACAGAGCCCUCCACCACACCGUCCACCUCAACGCCCGGCAACAAGGAGCAUGGCAACCUGCCCAUCAUUGUCCCCAUGAUCCCCCCGCCUCUGAUCAAGCCUCCUGCAGGUAGGGGACACUGACACCUUUUUGGAAAGACACAAUCAGAGAAAGUAGCUGAAAAACAAAGUAUCAAAUCUGAGUCACAUGGGGACCUUCAGAGCUGCUGGUCCAUAAAGUUUCAACUGUUUCCUGCUUACACACUUGUUAUUUAACAAGGCUACAUUGUAAUUUUCCUAAAGAUCAAGGUCAUUUCUAGCACAUUGCAGAUGCUUGUGAUAUACCCCAAACGCCGAAUGACAAAUCCUCCAACUAGAAGGAGCUGGCAUAGAUUUAAUCCACAGAUGUUCUCAAGACAGAUUACAUUGUAAUGAAAGUAAAGCCUGUUCACUGAUUCUCCACCACUUAACAGGAAAUUGGUUGUUUAUGCAGCUUGUAAACUUUCUGUCUUUGCUAUGGCCUGAAAAAAAAAAAGCAGGCAGGGACAGGCAACUAAUGAGCUAGCUACCUGCUGUACACCUUGUUUUCCUCCACCUGCCCGAGUGUCAAUAUAACCCCAUCAACUCUCUGAGGAAAAGUCCCCGUUCCUUGGCCAGACAGAGGGCUUCAUUAUCCCUUACGUCUGCUGUGGCACAGGAGGUUGGUCCGCCCCAGCGGAGGGAGCUAGCCUCCUUGGCAUCACCCAAGAGGAGUCCCCGCUGGCCCUGCCGAGGCGGGGAAACAGAUGGUGUGGUCCUACUUAAAGCCCAGCACCAACACGCCACCCGGUCGACACCCCCUUUAACUCACCGCCCCCCCAAACCUUCACACAUAUGCUGAAUUAUUCAUGUGCCCCGCAAAAUCCGACAAAGGACCUUUUGAGGUGCAGGUACGGAAGAUGAUGGUGGCAUUUAGCAUCGAGCUGCAUAAUUACUGACAGGUUUUUCUCCCUCAUGCAGAUGUGAGUGUUUUAAGAUGAGGUUGUUAAAAUAAAGAAAAGGCAAAAAAACAAUUCUCCUGCGUGAUGUCUCCAUAGAUGAAAAUAAAUGAAGGUGCCGUGUUUGUUAGAUUCUGUCUGUAACUUUGCGACACACAUUAUUCUGAGAAAUCUCCACAUUCUGACUCACCCACCUGGAAAACCCAGGGUUAAACACGGUCUUGUUUUUCUAUUACGACUGCAGUAUGCACCCAUAUGGGCUCAAAAAGACAGAGGGACCAGAGGACUCAGAAGAACAUAAAAUAUGCAUGUCGGGUCCGGUGUGCUAUCUUUAGGACCCAGGGGAGCAGUUUCCUUAAUUGUGAGUUAGUCUUUACUAAAGAUCUGACGACCCUGAAGAUCCAUUAAGCUCAACAAGAGGUGAAAAGCCCGGCCAGUGUGCGAUAAGGAGGUGAAAGACUAAUGGGGCUGCAUUUUUUUCACCCUCACACCCGCACAGUCAUAAUGUGAUAAUUGGGAGAUACAGGAGGGAAUCUCAGAGGAACUCUCUCUCUCUUUGCAACAGUGAUGCCACUAAAAGCCCGACGCUCAUCACCAGCAGUCAGAGUUUGGCACACAAGAGACAUUUUACCAUCACUGGGGCUCUAUUUGAAUAAGUGUAGCACUCAGUAACACUUUAAGGACGUCUGUAGUAUGAAAAAACAACUAACUCUUAAAACAUUUAAAGGAAGAAAGUUUGUCUUUAAAAAAUGAGUUUUGGCAUUUAAAUUAAAAUUCCUCUUAAAAAUUUUUUUUCUUGGUCUUUGUUAAGGAAUCUUGAGGCCAGCCUCCCACACAGAGCAAACAACAUCCAAGUACCUUUGACCAAUGAAGAGAAAACAAAUAUAUUCACAUUACCAUAGUAACUAAAACCUCAUGUCAUGACUGCUAUUGGUAAUAUUUUUUCUCAAUUUGGACAUUUUUCUUUUUCCAAGGAGAAUUCUGUGAAAGCAGUCGAACAAUGUUAGCAAAAUGGAGUUGUCCAAGCUCACAAAUCCCACUCUGCAGAUCAAAGAACAAAUCUUUCUUUUAACAGAUUUAAGCAUCUGUGUGUCAGUGUAACAACUUGGAAACUUUAUAUGUAGUGCUAUAAAAGGGUUUAACAUUACACUUACCUAAUUGGCAACACUAUAGACUCACCUGAGUAUAUGGUAGGGCUGGGCAUUAUGGCUUCAAAUCAAUAUCACGAUAUAUUGAGCAGUUCACCUUGAUAACGAUAAAUGGACGAUAACUACUCCACAAGCUGCUCACCCCCUCCCACAUUAACUUUGUCUACUUCAGCCGCUGCUCCAGCCGCUACAACUUUUGAACCGUCCUCCAUCUCCUCACCUGUCUUUCCCUCUUUGUUAUGGACUGGAUGGGGCGGAGUCACGUCUCUGACGUAGGACAGCGUCUUAAACGGACAUGAGACCAUAGCCUACCGACACACAUCCAAAACGAACUUUUACUUAUUUAUUUUUUUGACACAGAAUAUAUUGACAUGGGCAAAAUGACGUCAGUUAUUGUUGUAAAUUUUGGUAUCAGUAAAUUUUCUGUUUAUUGCCCAGCCCUAUCCUAUUUAAAAAGAAGCUUUAAGUUUAUUUAGGUCAAGGCAAUGAGAUAACAUUCAACUUCUUAAAACUGAUGAACCUUUUUUUAAUCAAUAUUAUGUGUAAAAUAAAUGUGAAAUAAAUGCCAUAAAUUGGUGUGAUAUAAAAAAAUAUUCUAUGACGAUUCCAUUGUCUGAAAGCACUCAGUAGAAAACCUCUGAUUUCACCAGUAUGCACUUCCUGCUGAGUUGAGCUGUGAUAACUUUAGCCCUCGGUGAGCCUGAGUAAAAACACUGGUUAGGUCUGAGACGUUCUCUGAGGUAGCUGGCCCUGUUCUUGGUAGCUAUAAGUGGCAGCUUAGUGUUUGAUGCUAAUCCUGUUGCCUUGAAAGUUGAGUGAAAGGUUUGUUUUUCAUAGAGAUGCACUGAUUGUGGAAGUCAGAGCCCGUAUUUAGCUGACGCCCUUACCGUUGUCUUUUGUGUUACUUCUUUGUAACUUUGUGAACCAUGAGAUUGGAUGUGUUAAGUAGUUGCAAGUCCCUCCUUUAUAGUCACUCUUAAAAUGUCUGUGGAAAACUGCACAUUGUUGAUAUUUCUCAGAGACUGUGUAAGUCUCCCUUGCUGCACACACUUUCUAUAAUGUUUGAUCAUGAAAGUAAACCAGAGUUUGUUUAGAAGUGGACUUCUUCUGCCCAAUAACAAACUUAUCCGCAGCACAUGGUACAACUGACUCAUUUUCUCUCCUUGUGUUUGAUGUUUCUGUCCAGAUGAAGAUGCAUCUAAUGUGCAGAUCAUGUGCGCCUGGUGCCAGAAGGUCGGCGUCAAACGCUACUCACUGAGCAUGGGGAGUGAGCUGAAGAGCUUCUGCAGCGAGAAGUGCUUCGCCGCCUGCCGCAGGGCCUAUUUCAAGAGAAACAAGGUAAAAGGGCUCAUUUCUCAUUAGUUUGAUGCUCUGGUAGACAUCUUUUAGCACCAUGGCAGACACAGUGUCACACUCAAUGUGAUAGUCAGUCCCAGAGGAGAACAAAAUUAAAGAUCUGCUUACAAAAGUUCAAGAAACAGGGUGAAAUAAAUCUGUAAAUCAUCAGUUUGCAUCUUAGAAACUUGUUACACAGAUUGGGGUAAUAAUCUAUAAGGUUUUAAAUAAACUGGACACAAGUCUUACACUACACAGUUCAAGUAGUUGUUUUGACCACUUACUGUACAUUUACUAUGUCUUUAAGCUAGGUGAGCAUAUGACUGUGCGGGAGAUUAGCGUAUGUUAGCUGCAAGAGACAUUACAGGACAACAGUUAGGCCCAGCUCUCACUAAAGUGGACAUAUCUCCCACCAAUAACCCAUCCUAAUUGAAUACUCUGUAGGAUGCUAUCACUUUCCCCUACACAAACCACAAUCUUGUGGUUUGACAGGACACAGUUUGGCUGUAACUUUGUUUUUGGGGAGCUUGUUUCUAAAACUGGUUCUUUAUUUGAGUGUCAAACCAGGGAGCUAAGACAGCGUCGACUCAUUUUGGAAAUGCUUGUUUCCUGCUGUUUAUAUCACAAUUUACAAGCCUGACAGCCCUCCUCAUUAUAGAAGGAGAAUAAUACUGUUGAAUGACCCUAUCUAUCAUUGAGGUGAUAUUAAUUCUAAACUGAAUCCUUUUUAUAUUGAAAGAUGCCAAACAUGAACUAAAGGGUAGCCUGAAAUGACGUCUCUAAAUAUAUAUGAUAAUACAACUACUGUACAAGUGAUCUACUGAAGAGAAUAUUCCAGGCCUGUGUGGUACAAAAGGGACUUGAGAUAAGUUCAGUUUGGAUGUAGUGCUAUUUUAGGGAGUUAUUGUGGCUCACAUCUUAGCAAACAUAUCUUUCAUAUUAAAUAUUAUUUGUAGUGCUGCUGCCAAGCUAUGUAUAAGGAUGAACCAGUAAGAUUGCUGACAUUACUUACACUGAGCUGUUUGUUUUAAGUUUCAGUGUAUCCGCAGUAAAAAUUAAGUGCAAAAUAUUUCUAAUAAAUGAGAAAGAAAACUUGAAAAGAGCAUUCACAAAAUCAUGAUAUCCACCCAGUCUCACUCUGUUAUGUGCGUGGCUGAAUACAUGGACUUAAUUUUGCCCUUUUAUUCAGGUCAGUCAUCACAAAAAAUUAUGCAGAUGUAUGCAUGAUUCAUAACCUUAGUAUCUGCUGUAAAAAUGGCUCAUUUUCAUAUGAGUCUAUUGAUUACAUACAUGGACACUAUACCUCCAUGUCUCUACUUCAGUGAUAAGGCAAAUUACCACCUCAAGGGGCACAUGCUUGAAGCCAAGGCACGCUUGUAGAGUCACAGGACAUAAGUCACAUCGCUUUUGCCAAGGAAAAUUCAUGUUUAACCUGCUGAAUAUCAAAACUGUUAACUUAAUGUUUUAUUUGUGAUAAAACAUGUGCGAAAGGCAUUUAAGCAAUGUUUUGUGUCAGAGUUAGUAACAUUCAAAAUUCCCCCAGAAAUCCCUAAAAUUUCAACAAAUCCAUAUAUCAGUAUUCAUAACUGCACUGGUAUCAGUACCAGUAUCCAUGUUGGUAGUGGCAUUUGUAGCCACAACAUCAUAGGUAUCAUUAUUAUUAUUAUUUUAUUUUUAAUCUUUUUUCAUCAUAGGUAGCAUUAUUGCUAUCAAUAUCUGUAUCUGACUAUGAAUGCAACUUAAAGAGUAUUUUUGGCAUUUGGAGCCACCCUUAAGUUGACACUCCAGGAACUGCAGCUUUUUGCACUUUCUCAUUGGCUCCAUUUCUCAUUUUUGAAAAUUCUUGGUUAUAUUUAAACCACUCAAGUACAUAGGAUUGUGGUCUUGUUUUUUUUAUGCUUUUUGUGCAACUUACACCUGUGAGGAUAAUUCAGCUACUUUUGAUCCUGGACAGAACUUUAACUCCAGUGGCUCAGGUGCAAAUCCUGUGUUUGUCUAGUCCUCUAAUCACUCUCCAACUGCCACCCUAACAGACCUCUGACUCUGUAAAUUACCUGCUUACUUAAAGAUCACCGUGUUGCAAGCAGAAAAUUUAGUCAUACAGUCAUAUGAAGUUCUUGCUGACUGACACAUAAAAGGGAAACUCAUGUCCAUGUUUUAAAUAUAUUUACUUCAAGCUUGUGAAAUGCUCUGAGACUGGGUUGGUGCCUUUUUAAUAGCUGACAGCCUCUCGUAUGGCUGCCAGGAAACGUUACAUUAUCUGGUAAACUCUUCAUAAACACACAUUAUAUAUAGGUUUUUCAUGACAUUUUGAUUGUCUUUAAAAUGUGAGCAGAUUUGUUUUUAUCUGUUGUAACCUCAGCAAUUAUUUUGACUGAAGACAUCUAAAAGUUGAGUCACUAAAGAUCUUUUUCAAAAAUGUCAACCUAAAAACCCUCUCAUUACUUUUUCACACUUGGCUUGAACAGGAAAUAAAUUCAAGCAGCAAAGCAUUAUAAAUCACUGCUUUUACUACAGGAAUACCUUCAAGCAGUCACCUCCAAAAAGACUUGGUCAGUGUGGUGCAUAAAUGAAAGGCAGCAAAAGUCAAAGUUGUCAUUGUGUUUUCAUUUUCCUCUUUAUGACUGUAGUUAAACAAUCUCCUUUCUGUCUUGUACUGAAGCUGGGAUAUGUAAGGAAUUACGCUGUGAGUAUGACGUGUUUUUAACUCCUGCUUGUCUGUCCUGAAGUCAGUUUCAUCUAAACAUGAUCACUUUUCAAGCACGGCACUGGAGCAGGAAAAAGACAGGAGUGCACUUAGAGUUUGUCUUUUCAUUUCAGUUAGUGAUGCCUUUUUUUGUUUUCUGACACUUUUUCCAAAGCAUGAGUAUCAAACUAAGCCUUGCGUUGACUGUACUGUUGCUCAUACUGUAUGUUUUCAUUUUCUACCUGAACAUUUACUUUACUGUAGAGUCAGUCUGUAGUUUUUCAUCAUACUUGAAGUUGAAACAAUGACAAAUGAUCUGUCUGGAAACUGUGACAUGUUGAAACCUCCUGGGAGAGUGAGUGACACUCUUAUCAGAUCAGAACAAAGCUUUUGAACUGAUUUCAUUUUGAUCGCUGAGCUCCUGAGGAGGUCAGAGAAGAUGAUGAUACAGGUCUGUGCCGUUUGACUUUCAUCAGAGUUGACAAGUCGGCUCCAAAUCAACCAGAGAUCAUUUAAAGAGGCUUUAAAUGUGACAUCAAAUGUAAAGCAACUAGUUUUUGAUCAUUGCACUUAUAAUAAAUCCAGCAUUCUCAGCAGCUCAUAGUCUUUACACAAAGAUAAUGAGUAUUAUUAGAAGAGUUAUGUGUCUCGCUCUUACUUUGAUUGUAUAGUAAGAAUAGUCUUUGUCAAUCCUUCAAAGUGCAUUUAUAAUUUUGCUCAGUUCAGACAUCUGUUUUAAUCCUAAUUAACUCUGCAUUAUGUUCCGACUUCAUGACUCACAUUUUUGAAUAGUGGAGCUGGAAUAAAUGCAGCUGGCAUUUAAGGUACGUGAAGGUGUAGAGUAAAAAAAAUAUGUGAAAAAUACAAAGGCUCUGUCCAAUUCUCUACGCGCUCCCCAUUAAUAAGCCUCAGACUUUUGUCAGACAUUUCAAAGCCUGUUCUCUCACCCCAGAGACAGCCCCUUAUGCAAGUUACAGCUGCAGGAGAGUCUGAGUUUCAAAGUGACAGCCCAGAUCAUAUCAGACUAAGAGAAAAUCUUUACAUAUAAGCUCUUACACUCAGGGAGCUUCUGUGUGAACCAUCAGGUUCAAAAUACUUCAAUUAUGCAGAUGUUAACGGCUUAAUUAAGGUGUAAUUUGUUAACAUGAAGAUAAGCAAUCAGUCUGCUGCUUAAGACAUACUUAGUUCAUUAACUUAAUUACUAAAACAAUAAUAUUCAAUCAGGUUUUCCUCUUCAAGUUUCAACUAGUGAAAGCUGAUUAUGUAUUAUUCACUGAAAAUAACUGCUCAGCACCCUGGAGCUUUUGCUUUAAUAAGAUUGAUAAUAUUUAACCACUUAAGGUGAUAAAAAUAAAGAUUAUAUCAACCUUUGUUCUUUUAAAAAAGAUGUACAUAUUCUGUAUGGACACACAUUUCCUACGUAAGAGGAUGAAAAAGGACUUACAAAAGACAAAACGGCACAGAGCCGUAAAAGUGACGCAAUGCCACCUCCUUUCAUAGCAGAGUCAGACAUGCUUCUGUCAGUAUCUAGAUUCUUGCCCAGUGCAUGUAAACUGGGAUAAAGACAGUAGUCCAGUUAAAUUACCCAAUCGAGCUAUGGCCCCUAACUUGCAUGUAAAAGUUCUAACUGGUGUCCACCAAUAAUUGGAAGUUGUAGACAAAAAAAAGUUGUAUUGUAAAGGCCAGUCUUUACUUUGAUGUUCUGGUUUGCUUUUGUAGCUGAAACAAAGACAUCAGUAUAGAACUUAGUCUCUUUUAUUUACAACAACAACAACAAAAAAAAAAUGCUUUCAGGCUUUCAGGAGUAUAUUGCAAAAAAAAAGGAACAACUUCGAUCAAGUUGUGACAUGCAAACUGGGAAAAGGGACAAUGGGUCCUCAGUUUGUUCUUCAAUAUGUUCUUAACACGGUGCCUCUUGAAAAUUGUACAGCAGAUUCAUAGUUUAUGAUCCUGUUCAUAAUAUAUUGUAGCUUUAAGGACCUUCAUGAAAACAGUUGUUGAAUGACACCCAACAUUGGUUUUUGACACUUAGGUAAAAAGCUAUAAGAAGGUCCAGGUAAACUAACCACCUCAAUGCCACAGUUUUACAAAUGAAAGCUUUCUAACUGACUUUAAUUAAGUCAGUUAAUCUAAACAUGAAUUAAAUUUAAAUAAAAAUUAAUCAGUGUAUAAAAUGUAAAGCUAGCCAAUGAACAAAAUUGGCUUGAAAGGUUUGGUAAGCUGAUGGAUGGGUUACACCUUAAGUGGUAAAAGCUUUGCAACAACUGGGAUGCUUUUGGAUCUGAUAACCUCUUUUGAGAAACGACAACAAAAUCCAGAAAAAUAAAUGGGAAUUUCAGGGUCUUUGGCAAUUUAAUAGCCAACAAUAGGAAAAUCAUAAUAUUUCAUGGCUAUUUGGAGCACAGAUCCUCACCCAAAAUAAAGUUUCCAUUGUUAUAUCAUAAAUCGUGUCUCUUAGCUGUUUAUAUCGUUCUUUAAAAGCAGGAGCUGUAGACUAUCUCUUUUAUUAACUACAAAGCCUAGGUAGCUUAAACUUAAACUUCAUACUUUCUGAUUGACAAAAUAAGUUCCUAUGAAAAAUGUCAUGAUUAAUAUGUUCAUCUUACUGACUGUGAGAUUUAGUCUCUAAUAGUUAUCCAUCUAUACAGUUAUUUUAUUUUAAGCCUUAUACUUUAUAAAGACAGUUUUCAUUUUGUGUUCACUGACAAUCACUUCAGAUUGACUGCUUUCACCCAAAAGGGGGCGGGGGCCAGGACUAACGGGCAAAGUACCUGAAUGGAUUUGCUGUCAUCUAUGGGGUCAAUAUUUAACUGCAAGGUGACGUUAGAUGGACAGAAAUGAAGGACAAAGAGGUUAAUUUAUAGAGACAAUUUGUCCCAUUGAACAUACUGCAAACACACUGAGAAGAAGAGAAGUUAAAGCAGCUGCAAUGGGUUGUAAACUAAGCAGUUCACAGUUUUUAGCUCAGCCCGAAAUGGGCAACAUUAUCUUGUGGUUUGCACCACUUUGGAAAGUCAAUUACGGUAAUUCAAACAGGUUUAGUUGUGAGCAUUGCUAAUCUAUACAGUCUAUUCCAGUUAGAUCAACAUCCAAACAACGGUGCUGAUGUUGAAUGGGUCAUGUGUUAGCUUUAAGAUACUUUAUAAACACACUAUGAGUAGAAGACUUUGACUGAAGCCAUGUAUUUGAAGAACAAAAUGUACAGAGCAGCAAAAAGCGUCCUCUGUCAUUUCUCAGCCUUUUUGACUCUAGGAAUAAAAUUUGUUUACAUGCAUACGUCCCUGCUGGAAGCCAGUCUGCCAUGUUUGAUGUUUGCUUCAUCCAUCAGCCGAAUGCACAUGUUCCAACAUCACAAACACAGGAAGGGCCUGCUCCACCACAGCGGCUCAGAUUCUAUAUUUUGUCUGGCUCUGGUACAUUCAUGCAGGCCAUUUGUGUAAGCGAUACCCACGUUUCUUUUCUCAUGCACCCACAAGGUUGGCCACAACAACACGUCCUGCAGGCUCCCUUUUUUUCCCAACUGAAAAAAACAAUCAUCAUGGCUGAAAAAAAGUAUCUCAUGUCUGCGUGUGCUGUGAAUAGGGAAGAAGAGACACGGGGGAGGAGGGGGGAUGUAGGGGGGCGGGCAACGGCUCAGCAUUAUGUUGCAUGAAAUAUCUUCAGCUGCCUCAUCCAUGAAACCAAAUCCCCUCCUAGGGUGACUAUGGUUGCUACUUUCUCACAUCUCUGCAUAACCCUUUUAUUUGGUGGAGUGUGUUUGUGUGUGGCAAAGAUGAUUGAUGGUUUAACUCGGGCUAAUCACUUAGUUUGUGCCUGUUUACAGUAUACCUUAAGCUGGAUUAGUUUGUAUGGAAGGUGUUGCUCCUGUUGCUGAAACUACUGAAUUAUUCUGUCUGUCACCUCACUCUCACUGCUUCUUUUUUUUCUGUCCACUCGUAAUUCAGAGACAAAGCUCUGGCUCUUUUUCUCUUUGUUUGCACUUUGCAACUUACCAUGUGUCCUGCAAUAGCUAGUUUUGAUAGAAAGACGCCAGCUGAGGAGAAAGUUGACUGAGAAUUAAUUGCACAGCAGUCAGAAUCUUUGACAGUUUUUAGGAUUAAAAUGCACAACAUUUAAAUGAAGGGGGGAGUUUUGCUUUCAGCAGGCAGAAGCUGCUCAGUGGUCACGCCUUUACACUCUUCUGUACAGUUCCUCCCUCUAUCUGACACCCACACACACACCGAUAAACAUGCUUGCUCAUUUGACACAGUGCCGAGAUUAAGUUAGGCAAUUACAAGUGAUGAAUUACCCUCUGUGAGUGUGAAGCAUGCAUGGCAGCAGAAAGGUGUAGACUUUAGCAUGCUUCUUUUUCACACUGAGUCAGAAUCUGCUUUCCUCUGAAUCCGCAGUUUGGUUGGAGUUCAACAGUUUUCAGGCUUGAAUUCCCCUGAAAAAAAAAACACAGUUGCAGACUGGUCUGUUGAGGCCAAAAGUGGAAUUGGAAUUUGUUUUGAGGGGGUUUGGUGCUUUCAGGCUUGCCUUGGGUGCACAUGUGUGUGCAUAGACUACAAAAUCUGACUGAUGCAAUCCGACACACUAUAAAUAAAUCAUACAUGGAGAGACAGCCCUCUGCUCUGAACACUUACACACUAAUCAAAGUCAAUCUAUGUACAGUUUGCAGCCAGUAGAAAUGCAUUCGAUUCAGAUGAGCUGCCGCAGUACAUUGAAAGAUGAAGUUUUUGUAGAACGUGUUAGCCUCAUCCCUCUGGUUUGAUUCAUGAAAAAAAAAAAGACUCCACCAGUUCACCACCAUACAGUAGUGCAGCAACAGAUUUAUAUUUGUGGUGGAUUUUUGGUAGAUUUUCUUUUUGUAAAACAAACAAACAAACAAAAAAACUUCUGCAGUAGAUAAUCAGAGCUAUUCACUAAGGCUGUCAACGUUAUCAUGAUGCGUUUAUGGUCCAAAUUGACAAGUAAAUUUAUUCUAUUGUGCGCCUUAUUUGUCCUUUCACCACAUCAUCAUAAAAAAACUCCCAGAUGACUUAGCUGACAAGUCAAAAGUAAUAAAGAAUUUGUGUCAAAUUGGAUUGAAAUAUCGCCAAGAGCUACCACCUACCACCUGAAGAGACAGCUGCAGGAGACUGACGUCAGCAGGCAACCACAUCCCAAAAACCAGCAGAACACUGUGUGUUAUUGCUGAAGACCCUUGGCUUGUUCUGUGUUUGACGUGUAAAUAGUAACCGUGACUAAAAUGGAGAACUUUAUUUCUACCCCAAAAGCCAAAAAUCUCCAGGGGCGCUGGCAUGUUGUGAUGGGGAACCCCUGGAAAAAUCCUGACUCUGCCCCUGACACCUGCAUGUCUCCUCUUUUAGCAGCAUCGUGUCCCACCUCCUUCCUAAAAUAUCUUAAUGUCACUCUGUUUCUGAUCUUUCUCAAAUUUUAAUUUUUGCCAACUACAAAAGACGGCUUUAAGAACCUCCAUUCUCACUGACCAAGAAAAAAUAUUAUUUAAUAAACAUCAGUAAGUGUGGAUGGAGCCAAGUUCACCUGAAUGUUUGUGUUCCGCUGCUGUUAUGCUCAGUUACAGCUAACUUCAAUGAUCAGAGAGAAAUGAGUGGCUCAAAUUGCUCUAUUGAUUAAAGAAGCCCACAUCAGCUCUGAUCCAAAAGUUGAAUUUGGGUUCAUUGAACUAUGCAUCAGUUGCAUUCUUGUCCUAGAAGUAAUUAAAAGCUUAAAACUCGAGUUAUUUGACACUACGAAGAGACUGUGGUGAAAACUCAAAUCUUAUUAAGAGCAUUGCAAUGGAGAAUAAAGUAAAAUAUAGAAAUAUUCAAGACACCAAACUUUAUAAGUGUACCAACUUUUAUGCUUUAAUGGAAAAGUAAACAUAAAUCUGUAUAUCACCCGCAGAACAGGGUAUAAUUAACUCUCCAUAUCUGCAAACUUCACACAAAUAAACAUAUCCAAUCCAGAAGAUAAAAAGUCAUUAUGCAGGCAGAGAGGAGACAGCUUGUGUUUUACAGGUCGUUUCUGCCUCAGCACAGAGCUUUUUGUUCACACCAUGAAACCCCCCCUGGAGACCCCAGACCUCCAUCAGUGUCUUUCCCCGGGAGCUCCCUUCAGGCGCGAGGGGGCAGAGUGCCGCUUCAUGUCAGCCCAGAAAUGUCACAUCACCUCAAAGACACACACACACACACACACACACACACACACACACACACACACACACACACACACACACACACACACACACACACACACACACACACACACACACACACACACACAAAUGUGUCUCCUCCACACACCGCCCCGUGGUUGCCUCCCUGCUCCACAAUUUCCUUUGCAUCUCCAUCAGCUGCCAUGGAGGGCACACACUCAAAAUGAACAAGAGAGAAGAGGGUGUCUGGGCGUGUACGUGUGAGUCUAGCUGUGUGUUGUAAAUGUAUGACUGCUGCUGCUGCUGCUUGUGGAAAUUUUGUGUGCGUGAUCAAGUGUGUAAUGUGUCUGCAUAUUGCAGCUCAGGCUCACUGGUGGAAGCCUUGAGGCCUGCCUGACACAGCUUCAGGGCACAGAGAGGAAGGUGAUUAUCUCGUAGCUGCCAGCCAUUCAGCUCAGAUAAAGACAAAAGUAACUCCAGCUAACUAGGCGUAAAGACUGUAAAAGUAGAGACACGCACCUGAACCCAGAUGCCAUUGUCUCUAUUCUUAAACUUGUGGCUGCAAUAAACUUGACUUGAGCGCUUCUGCACCUCACUCUGAGUAUGCGGGCUCAUAUUGCACAUUUAUGGUGUGAUGAAGACUUAAAGCCCUGCAACCUCGUGAAGUCUUGAUAACAACUAGCCAAUUCCAAACUCUUAAUCUGUAAGCCAAGUUGAUAUUCAAGAGUGAAUUAUAUUUAGAGUUAACAUUUGCUCGAUCCCUUAAAGGAGGAUUUAGCACAGUGGAACCCAUCUGUGUCUUUAAUAGUGCCGUAAAAACUACAUGUGGAGAUAAAAAUCCACUGCAAUAUCAUUUCUGCAAGAAAGAAGAGCAGGCAAUUAAUCUAAUAUCAAUAUCAAUUAUAAUUUUAUAUUGCCAUAAUCAUAAAACAAGAUGAUAUUGAUAAUAAUAGGAAUUAUUACUGCGCAGCUUGAUAUGUUGUGCCGUUUUGUCCUAUUUGGCACACUCCCUCACUGCGGAGCAUGUAGGCUAUCAUGUGUCAACAUCAGGAGCUCAAAAUGAUGCACAAUGAAUGAUGCAAAGAAGCUGCCAUAAAAUGUGUUUAGAGAGGGGCUACUGUGUAGCACUGCAAGGGAGGAGCAAGGUGGGCAGGUGUGUGUUACUAAAGCAGAGGUACAGAGUGAGCAUUAGGACAGAGUGUAUAGAUCUACUUAGUUUGAACAGGGAGUUGGGGGAGAUGGCAGAGAGGCAAGCUCGCAAAAAGAUGUUAUUGUAUAUUUAAUUCACAUAUUUAAGUAUACCAAGUGUGUACAAAUCAGUUAGUGACUUAUCAUGUCUUAUACCCAGAAAAAUUAAUGGUGGCAGUGCUACAAGUGACAAUAUUUUUCUGUAUGGAAUCUCAAAAACAUUAGGAGAAGAAAUUUCAAGAGAAACUGAAACACGAAACGCCUUUCUGUACAUAAUAUGGUCAUAAAAUGCUGCCUGCCAUACCAAACAACCUGUCAAUCUUUGUUUCUUUAUGCGCACACUCUUGCAAAUCCGACGGCAAAGAUCAUGGCCUCGGUUAUCUUUGCAUACUCCUCUGCAUGUGUGAGAAAAUAUCCCCAGUGCACUGCAAACACAAUGAAAAUGAUAUUUGGAUAGCUUUUCAAAACAGGAACAAUGGAGAUUUUAUGGAGGAGUGUGCUUUCUCGCCUGUCACAUGUGCAGACUGCACCUUCAUUUUAGGAUUUGGGAUGAGCUCUGCCGCGUUCGUCUGUGUUUGUCUUUGGAUUUUGAAAGCCUGCCUGUGAGCGUCUUUGCUUUGGGAAGCGCAGCUCAGUUGGCAGGUGACGGGCACACACACCUGGACGUGUAUCUGUGCCCAGAUGGAUGGUAGUGCGGUGGCAGCUGGUGUGACGUCCCCUCAGGACGGUGGAGACGCCAGAGAGGGGCUGUGCGGCCGGUGUCCUGCUCUGUCGUUCUUUUAAGGAACUUCAGCUGGGUGGCAGCUGCAGUCUGCUGGCAUGAUGGAGCCGCACAAAGAGAAAAACACACCUUUAAACAGAAUGAAACAACUGGAAAUGAUGCUACAUGGCUAUCUAUCUUUCUAUCCAUCCAUCUAUCUGUCUGUCUGUCUAACUGCGCCUCCUUCGUGUGUGUGUGUGUGUGUGUGUGUGUGUGUGUGUGUGUGUGUGUGUGUGUGUGUGUGUGGCUCCCUGUGUGGGCCUCACGUCUCGUUCACAGUGCCAACACCUCAUUAGUACAAUAUGCAAAUCAACUGGCGCGGGUCCAGAGGGUCACAGCACAAACUGGAGACAGAAUAAUAGCACAAUGGUGCAGCUUUGUGUGUGUGUGUGUGUGUGUCCUUAAAUGCCUGCCUGGGUUCAUGUGUAUGUUGGAGUACCUGUAUAUGAGUGUGUCUGUGCUCCUGCCGAGCACACACAGUGCAUAUAUGCACUGUGUGUGUCUGUGGUGUGUGUUUGAAAUGGGUCAGUCUCCACUCAGUGUUCAUUUAGAGCACAGACAGCUUCUGAAUAACCACGACCCCUUAAUCUCUGGUUCUGUUUUCUGUAACCUUUAGUGAGAAAGUAAAAAAUCCCUGCUGCUCCAUUGUAAAAUGUCAGCGCUAAACAAGACCUCCUGUCAGAUUCAGAUACUGAAUCUUUUCCGGUUUAAAUAGCAAAAUGCUUAACGAGACACAAAGACGCAACAAUAUUUGAUUUAUACCACGGUUUGGAAUUGGAGACCCUACCUGGAGGUGAGAGAAGCAGAUGGGAGCGGAGGCAAACUUAAUCAGUCUUUGGACAAGAAAUGUGAAAUAAACCGUAGAACUGCCCUUUGGUAUCAUCAGGAGAUGAACAGUCUGAAGGCUGAGUUACCUCUGAAAAAAAUCAAAGGUUGUAGUGAGUGUUUUAAAAAACAGGAUAUCAGGGAGAGCUGCUCAGGGCAGCGGCUCACCUCUUAACGAUAUCAGCUCAGUCUGAAAUGUUCGUUUGGGGGCUACAAACGGCAUGAUGAACAUGUAUAAUUGAGGUUAAAUCUCCCACACACUAAGGUCUAUAUUAUGUAAAAGUGCAUUUAAUUAAAUGAAAUACAUUGCAGUAAUUUGGCACAGUGCCAGGCAAGGCUUCUCAACAUCUCUUCCUGUCGUAAAACUGCCCACACCUGCCAAAAAGAGCAGCGAAUCCCUCUGUUUUCUUACUGUGCAUAAUGAAUGACUCCAAGAGUGUGUGAAAAGGUGGUUCUUUAUCCGUCUGGAAUACAUCUUUGAAUUAGUUUUUAUUGUAAUAUGAUAAAACACAGCACCAGUGCUCAGAGACAGAACAAAGGGUGUUCAGGGAUGGCGUGGACCCCCUGAAAUCUGAUUAGUUAUCCCAGAAUCCAUACCUUGCCCGAACACAAUUCAUCCCCAAAGUCAAUUAAGUGUGACUAGUGUGAGUGCUCUCUUUCAUGAGCUCCAGCAGCACAGUACACUUCCUUGGUAUAGGUGAGCUUCUGCACACGCCCAAGCAAAGGUAUGCAUCACGGUAUUGAUAUUGAUCGGCAUGAGCAUUCUUCCUGAUAAUCAUUCAGGGCCACAUCCAACCAAAAUGACUCAGGUUAGGCCACAAUGUCAGUAAAGUCACAAUAAUGUUCUCUGCAUUGUUUUCUAUUAUGCUGACUCUGGGACAAAAGCCAUGAGUGUGAUGUAUUAUAACAUGAUCAGUCAAUCAGUCUUACUGUAAUUCUGUCCUACAUGCACUGAAGAGAUUCCCCUGUUUACUAUCCUUGCAGCCAACCACAUCAAUCCCAUUUCCACAGCAAUGAAACUUUCCUGUUUGUUGUCACUUUAAAGAUUUUAGCAACUUGAAUCCUCAAAGUUUUAGCACUUUUUAAACGGCUGCCAGUGCCACAGAGGGGAUGCACUUAUCAAAAUAAGGACCAACUGUAACAGCAAUAUACACAACAAAAAUAAGCUUUGUCUCUUUUGACUGACUGGCUUUAAAGGGCAGCAUCUUUAGUGCAGCUAAAAGGUAACUUAGCAACCAUAUUUUAGUUUUGUGGCUAGAUUGAAAUGACUAGUUCAUUUUUCUUUUGCAUAUUUCUGCCCUUUUGUUGAAAUACAGCUUUGGGUUCUGUGACAUUUUAAAGCACUGACAAGUUUGAGUAAAGGUAAAUCAUUGUUACUGCUUUUUUUUUUUUUUUUUGGUAAAAUCUGUGUCCCUGAGCAAAAGCCUUAGCAACAAGGGAUGUGGGUAUGUGAGGCCUCUAAAUCUGCGAUCUGCAUCCUUCAUUAAUCACUGGAUCAUACUUGAACUGCUGCACAGAUUUAAUUAAAAGAGAUUCAUAGGAACCCUUGAACAUUGUAUUUCACAUCUUCAUCAUGUGGAGUCAUAGUAUAAAAUUAAUUCUCAGCAUAUAGAUAGAAUUAUCAAAUUUCCCUUUUGGAAUAAAUAAAGUUCUUCUUAUCUUAGAUUUUUGAAUUUCUUUUGGUGUGGAGACUUUGACUGCCUAAAAUAAGUGUUUUAUAAGCUCCUCAACUACACACAUGCAUGCACACUCACUCACUCUACACAUUCAGCUUUGUUUAAAAGAUCCUGUUGAUUGGUUUGUCUUCAAACCAGUGACUGCUCACCCAUUUUACAGGCACCAUUUCUGUUCAUCUUUCUCUGUGUUGUUUUCCAUUUCUAAGUUUUUCCUUGUUGCUUCUGUUCACCUGUUUAUUUUGUCCAUUCGUAAAGCGCAGCCAUUAUUUCUCCCCCCAGGCAAGAGACGACGAUGGCCUCGGUGGGAAAUUACCCCAGCACAGCUUUACUCAGGACACGCCCAGGCUUGUCUUCAAGACAAACAGCGAUGUGCUUGUAAGGACCAUAACCAUUUAACACCAGAUAGAGCUUAAGCUUGAUGGCUAAUGCACUCAAAUGUUUUGCUGUUGUUCUUUGUUAAAGUGUAUAAUUUUCUCAUCAUUGCUUCUUGACAUGUCAAUGGACUGGUUCAUAUUUGGGCAUCACUGUAAAAGCAGAUAUCAGAGAGGCUAGAGCCCAAAAAUAAGAGAUAGUAGGGAAGUGGCACUUUAUAGUAACACAUUUAGGGAUAUUUUAAUUUGAGCUUUUCAACCUUUUCCAUGCAUUAUCAUUUGAUUUGUUCAUUUCCAUUAUACAUCAUGUGCUGGGAUUUAAAGGGAUUGUUUGACAAACACAUGACUGUUAAAAUAAGAUAAAUCUUGUACAUUUGCUUGUGUUUAAGACAACAAAAUCAGACUGAACACACACAUCAUACUAAUCCUGAUUUUAAAGGAGCAUUUUAACUAAUCUCUGCCUUACAGUCAUAUUUAUAAUCAGGAUUUUAUGGCACUCUGUAUGUUUUGUGAUAACACUGGACCAUGGUUGUGUCAUGGACCAUUUAGCCCCUGUAAAAACUCAGCUCACAGUUACCGGGAGGCUGAGAAAUCAGGGGUGAACUAUAAUUGGCUGUUGGCUUUGUUCAAGGGCUUCUGUUGGUAUCAACCACUGAGGCUGGGAUGCAACAAGAUGCCUGUAGCUUUUCUAGUUUUUCAAUUUGUCACAUUUUCUUUUAGUCCUUGGAUUUGGGACCUUGGACAAGUCCUUAAGAUUCAAAUCCUGCCAUUUUCAGAGUUUAAUGAUUUGUUGAGGAAUGAGGGCUGUCAUGCCGCCAGAUUAGUACAUCAUAAUAAUAAUACUGUGGCAAUAUUUUAGAAAACUUCAGAAAUAAAUCAAAUCAAAUUUUAUUUUAAUGCGCCAAAUCACAGCAGUCAUUAUCCCAAGAGGUAAAACAAUGUGAUCAGUCAAAUUGAAGAAAGGCAAGUCCAGGACAAGAACAUACUCAAUAAACUUUACUAACAACCACAAUUAACUUUAAUCAUUUUCCAUUUCUAUUGACAUCUAAAUGAAUGGUUUUCCCCCAUUGUGACGCCUGUGAACAAAACUUUUUUGGGAAUUGAUUGGUACACAGAAUUUCUAUAUAGUUUUUUAAAUGUCUGGCAUCUAGGUUGCUUUAUGUCCUGCAUUCAAAAACAAUGAAAACAGUUAGAAUAAUGGUUAGAAUAUACAAAUGUUGAUUUGAUGAAUAACACAAUAAGGGAUCUUUGAGUGUCAGUUUAAAUUCUUCUCUCAGAGGGCUGCUACAGCUAGCUUGCAGUUGCUUCUUCUUCUCCACCUCGCCUGCGUUUUAUGGUGUGUGGCCAUCAGGGAAAAGGACUCCUUACCUUUUAUUUACCAUAUAUUCAUUUUUAACAUGAUAUCGAUACUUGGUCUCUUUAUAAAGACAAUAAUAAUAGUCAAAGUAAAGUUUUUUAAUUUCCCUUCGAGGAUGUAUAAAGUUCUUCUUAGAAGAUAUAAUAACUGGAGACAGAAAGGAUAGAAAUUGUGUUUCAUUCUUGUGUGUGCAGACAUUCUUCAUUCCACCCCUGUGAAAGUCAGCGCCCCAUUCAGGUUAAGAAAGCUGAAAACACACAGACACAAAGACUCUUUCAAUGACUGAUUGAUUGAUUGAUUAAUUGGAGGUUUAAAAUUUAAAAAAAGAAAAUUUUGAAGGUGAAGUGAAAUGUUUGGCACACUGUCACUCAGCUCAGCCUUCUGUACUCUCACAUUUAUCCACAUGAAUUACACACUUUAUAAAAUGGAAGUACUUGUUUAAUUUUGUGAAAAUAGCUUGAAAUCAACUGUUGCUAUGUAUGCUGACCUCUUGUUUGUCAUGCACAGCUGAAAGGUACCAUACUUUAAGUAAUGUUGUGAAGAAUCGUGAGUCGGUUUUCUUUUCUUUUUUUUUUCUUAAGAGUGAUUCAAACAGCUCUUGUUAUGGCUGACACUCAAACUCUUCCCAGAUCACAGACAUGCGUUAGUUGUCAGGCUGCAUUGGAAUUUAUUAGCACAUAUGGGGGACAGCGCCAUCUGUAUUUAGGCUAGCCACUGUCAGUUUGCUCACUUUCCUUCUUACCACAGCUUGCCUGAAUGUCUGACUGCAGCUGUCCAACAACACUGGGCUUCCUUUAAACUAAUUAUUCUGCUUUUCAAAUUUCCAAAAGUUGAAGAGAAAAAGACACAAUUUCCCACACCAAAAUAUCCUUUAAAGCCAAAGUUCAAUAUAAGGGAAUGGUGUGUCUUGAGAUGAGGUUGUGUUUUAGUUAAAGGGAUAUUCUGGCGUAAAUUUAAGUUGUGGUCAAACACACAGUAACACUAAGUUAGAAUGAAUGUACAUUACUUACAUUUAUGCCAGAAUAUCUCUUUAAGAUUUGGAGAUGAUCAUUAUAGUAAUGUAAACUUGUUUAAUCUGAAUCGGAGGAGGUAGCUGAGAUCAGCCCACUGUCACCUACUUUAUGUUUUCUUGUUUUCUGUAGUUACAGUCAAAUAUAGUCCACCAGAUCUGUCCCAUCAUUUUUGCAUUGAGCUAUUUAUGAUUGAAUGAGUGUGUGCUGUAAAAUAUAAAGCUUUACAGGAUCAUUUGGCUUUGUGAAAAAUGAUUUUAUGAGUUGAAUCUAGAAUGAAAAAGACUGAUAAUGAUGCUGUUGGCCAAUUUUGAUCAGAACAGGGAGUGAAGUCUUGGUCCUCUUAAGGUUUUGUCCAUCUGCUCAUAGAAGUUUUACUUCUCAUUCUUAAAACCCAGAUUUAUUCAAAGUUUUAGAGGAAUUAGUUUCAAUGCAGAUUUGAGAUACUUACUCUUAACACUGUUGCUGGGUGUUUAGAGUCAGAAGAUGAAGUUUCAGAUAGAACUAUCAGAGAAGAGAGAGCAACUUUAAUUCUAGGUUUUCAUUUUUGUAAAAAGAAAAGGCCUGUAAAAGUGACAUCCGUUAGCCUCUUGCCAAUGUGUUUGCCAGCUGUUUUGAUUCAUAAAAUGAUGAAUGGGAGACUAGUGGAUAGGAAUGAGAUGAAAGGAGUCAUGUUACCAGCUACUGUAGCAGAGGCAGAUAUGUUUCUGUCAAUAAUUUGAUUCUUGCCCAGUGCAUGUAAAGUGUGACAAAGACAGUAGUCCAGUUAAAUCGCCUUCCUGAGUUGUAACUGUAGCUUGACUUAACUUUGCAUGUUAACAUGCUGAAUGAUUCUUUCUUAACUAUACAAAAGUAACUCCUUCUUUUCUAGUAUCACCCAUAAAUCCUUUUCUCGCCUUUCACAACUAUCUCACUUUCUAACCACAAUCCUUGGUUUCCUUCACUGGCUCUCUGUCUGUUGAUUUUAAUAGACCAUAUUCUGAAUCCCCAAAAAGAGGACACAACUACGUGGGGGCCGAGUCACAGGGUCACAUGUAGUUUAUUUUGAAAGUUUUUCAGGUCGGAUUGAGUGUCUUUUACACGCUUUUAACUCAGUAAGCCCACGCAACACAAACUAGAAACUUCCAUACAAAACCCCGGACAUUUGAAGGAUUUGAUAAACUCUCCCGGACAAGGCCAGUCAACCCCCCAAAAAGAGGACAGGUACGGGUAAAAGAGGACGUAUGGUCAACCUUGUCUUGGCCCAAAUUACAUAAGAGCAAUACUGACCCCAUAAGAGCCAUCUUGAAACUGUAAGUUGUAGGAUGGUAAAGGUUCAAAUCAAUGGGGAUCCACUUUUCUAUCUGGGAACAGAGUCAAUAAAGCAUGCAGGAUCAGUGACUUCUACCAACUCAGAUAUGGCGCCACUGUAGACAGAUAUUCUGGCCAAUCUGAGUAAAAAGUCCAUAUGUUGCAGAUGGUCUCCACAUAUGUCCCAACUUGAGUUUUCUUACGUAAAAUUUGGAGGAGGCUUUAUUCUGUUUUCUUUUUCCAGUUGACCGGGAGCUUAGAGAUACCUGUGUCCUUUACUGUUUUGGCUGAAUCCAAACUACAACAAUCACGGCGCUCCUCACUCCUUCACAUCAUUCAUAGGCAGAAAUUAAAAGAGUUUUGUCCAGAGUAAGAAACGACUGAAUUAAAAGCUGAGGGACUGUCUCACUUCAAGCAGCAGGUUCGCUUUCAUGGCUUUAAUCCUUAUGUUUAGCACUCAAUGAUUAAACCAGUAAUCUGAGAAGUGUCAAAAGAGUUAUAUUUCAACCUUAACAGGAGGAUAUACAAGCUGCACUUUUACUGCUUAAAGCUCUUCACUAUCAGAAACCUCUUCAUCCUACAUGCAAAACCACUUCAGGCACCGUCUGAAACCCUCCAGCCUCUUAACUCUCUGCAACCUCCUCCUCUUCAUCUUCCUCUUCAUUAUCAAAAUCCUUCACAUUCCUCUGCAAUAUCUUCAACAUCUGCACACCUUCCUUCUCUUCACAGCCUGAAACUUUCUAAUCUUCCUCUGCAAACUCUUAGUCUACCUCUUGACCCUUCUGCUGUGAUUUGCUUUACCCAAUUCUUGAACCCCUUUUAAUGCUCCCGAUCAUUAUGUUGCAAAACACCUGAAAUGACCAGUUAAUGUAAACCAGUUUCAAAUUAAAAGUAGUUUCUUCCUGCUCUUGCGACCCUCAAACGCCAUUGGUUUUUCAGCAGGGUCAGAGGGUGAAGAGGAAGAAACUGAUGCCUGCUUGGAAGCACGAUAAUUGUUGUAAUGCAAACGGUUAAACUGCACCACCAACGCUGGUUCGUUGGCCACGAUAGAAAUAAAUGACCAUAAUUACAUUGAACUGCAAACAUCUGUGAAUGAGCAGAAGAGAGCAAAAAGAAGGAGAGGGAGAGAAAGCACAACUCCAUUAGCGUAAUGCGCAGUGAAAUUCUCACUCACUGUGCAGAAAGUCGUUAAGUGCCCUCCAUCUGUCUUUCUGAGUCCAGGAAAAAUUUGAACACAUUUAUUAUUUAGAAUAUCCUGGACUUACCAUUAUCAAGCUCAACUUGUGAGAGCACCUUUUUGACUUUUACUCAGUCAUGGCUCAUUGAAUUAGCCAGGACUAAUGGGCAGCUCGAACAGGACGGAUAUCUGAGCACCACAAGCAUACUGGUUAAGAAUAGCAGUUGCUUUGUAGUCCAAGCUCUGAUCAGGUCUUGCUGCAGGUACUUUAGUGCCAUAUCUGCUUGUCCCUUCUUCUAUUCAUGUCUUACAUUAAGAGAUUUACCCUGAAAGUCAUUCUAAUCUUAAUUUGAAUGUGGAGUUUUGGCACAUCUUACAAAAGCUUUGUCUUUUGCGAGAUGCUCCCUCUUCAUCCAAAUCAUAUUACAUGAGAAAAUCUGAUGUAAAACACAUAUUCUGCACUAAAGAACCUCAUGUUUUACACGUGUAGCAGCUGCACAACAGCAUGCUUUUUAUUCUUUUGAAUUCAAGUCCAGUGCUACGAUGCAUCUGCCCAAACAGACCAUGGGAGUUCACUUUCUUUCAAUUGCUGCCAGACCAGAUCCUGCCAAAUAAACCAAUGUUUCCAUGCAGACUGAAAAAGGAGUUUAUCCACCUUACGGUUGCAUCCCUCAACUUAUUAACAUUCAGCUUGGGGGCUUAAGGGUCUGUCUGAUGGAUGGAUGCCGUUGAGGGGUCUGACAACUGAUUAAUGCCUUAAUUAUCUCCAGCGAGGACCUGCCACUCCUCCCGGAGCUGACAGAGUGAGCUGUGUGUGGCCUGACGAGUAACGCCGUGUUCAGGGCUCGCCCACUGCUAUCUGCUCUACCAGGGUCACAUUCAUUUUCUGCCUGGAGGGAAAUUUGCAAGUUUGCUGCUGUAAAGGUGUAUAACGGUGAUGAAACAGCAUAGCGGGGUGGUUUGGGAUCAUUGCAACAUCACUGAAGUAAAAAGACAACUUUUCAAUUUGGGCCCUACAUGUUUGCCCCCUGCAUACAGAGUCGGUUCUGCUUAAAGCUUAUGAAAUUAUCUUUAUUUUGCAAUACAUACAAAGGAAUAAAUGAUUAAAAAUAUAGAUUCUUGUAAGUAUUAGAUUGGUGGUGCAAGUAAAAAAUAUGGUGCUUUUGUCAAACCAUCCAAAAAUCUAAACAAGAUGUGUAAAGACUUAGAUAUCACUGAGUAUAAAGACUAAAAAGAAAAAUAAAUAAUUGCACAAAACUCACAUCAUUUCAGAGUUAGAAUCUGUGCAGAGAGAAAGAUUACUCACCAAAAAUAAGACCUUGAUUGCUUUUCAAUAAAAAAAAAACAUUAAAAAAUAUUAAACUGCCAAUAGAAAAAGAAAUAUUUACUUGUCAAUUUAAGGGAGACUUACAUUUCUUGAAGUAAAAAUCGUCGAUUUCACACAUAAAUUUAUGUUUUAUUCCUCUUGCAAGUAAUUAAGGUCUUUUUUUUUUUUUUUUAUUAAACUCUGUGUUUGUCGCAUAGUCAUGAUGAGUCCAAACUUAAAUCUUAUUGAAAGAUAUUGCAAACUAAAAUAGAUGUAAGUGAUUUUAAUGAAUAGAAAUGGUCGCUGAUGCCACAAGUCAGUUUUCUAGGAGUUUUUUAGGAGUUUCUUGAAAUAAAACCUGAUCACAACAUUCACCUUCCCCCACUCACUGACUUUGAGGAGCAUUCCUGUUAAGUCUGCGAGGGCUGUCCCGCUCUCAAGUGUGUGAGGAAUCUCUGUCUGACUUUUUUCAUUUAACCCUUUAAGCAACUUUUCGCUGUUGAAACAAUAAGAUUUUUCCUUCAGCUCUCUUUCAGUCAUCUUAUCUGACACGGACUCCCGCACAGCUUUAACAGGCAUUAAAUAUUCUCAUAUAGAAAUUGUUAUUCUCAUUGUUGAUGGUCUGUCUUGCCUGUGUUGGUCAUAAUGAGGGAUCAUUACAGAGUUUGGUCUGUUUCGCAAAAAUCCCCCACAGGAGCUUUAAUUCAGUGAAAGAUUUUCUGUUAUAAUAUGCACAGCAGUAAUUACCUCAGAAUCACAUUUGGUACAGCCAACAAAUUAUCCGCAAAACAAGCAAAUACAGUGGUUAUAGUAAAUACUUUACCAGUUUUUGGUGAAUGUUAGAGUUUGAAUGCUGCAUUUUUUCUGUGACCUGAUGUAUAAAAAUCAAAUUUGAAACAUUCAAAAGCAGGUUUUCGUGCAGCUCUAUGCAGUUCGACUGUUUCCUGUACUUUGUUUAGCAUUUAGGCUGACACUAUAUUGCUACAUUGUCUGUCUCCUGUGGCACACACUUGCUUUUUAAGUGUAGGAGGCCAUCUGAGGAAAUAAUCUUUUUGUCUUGUUGUGCUGGGGGCGUCUGUCUCAUAGGGAUCUUGUAGUUAAAUGAGACGGAGAGUAUCUUUAUUGCCAACAGAAGGUGUAAAUGAGUGUUUCCUGUUAGGACAGAGAGUUAAAGACAAAGUCACUUGAAUAACACUUAGUGCCAGACUGCUAUCAGAUGCGCAUUUACCUUUUGAAAGGAAAACAUAACAAUGAAGACAAGAGAAAGCUGCAUAAGCUCAACUCAUGGAUGUGCAUUCAUAUUAACCUGAAAGUCGAGUGUUUGUUCUUGGCAGGUUAUGUUUUUAGAAACAGUCUCCAAAAGAAAAAAGACAAACUCUAUUUUAUUUGUGUGUCUCCAGAUGGUUUGGAGGCUGAGCUUCUGCUUACUAGUGUACUGAGGAAAAUUUGAUUGUGUUUAAUUAAAAACAAAUUAGAUGCCCGUGUUUGCAGUGUGACAGGUGUUGAUGCCGUGUGUGCACUCUGUGUAUUUUUGUUGCAGGUGUGUGACUGGUGUAAACAUAUUCGCCACACUAAGGAGUACCUGGACUUUGGUGCUGGUGAGCGGAGGCUGCAGUUCUGCAGUGCCAAAUGCUUGAAUCAAUAUAAGAUGGACAUUUUCUACAAGGAGACGCAGGCUGCGCUACCCGGAGGUCUGUGUAAUCCUGGACAUGGGGCAGGUGGGGAUGGUAAACUAGAAUGUGGUGGUGGAGUUCAGCUGCUCACCCCUGAAUCUUGGGGAACUCCACUGACGGACCUUCGGCGCAAAGCUCCCUCCCCAGGGGGCCCUUCAAGCAACUCUUGUUUAGCCCCUUCCACCUCUUCUGCCACUUCCCCUUCAGACACGACUGCUGUCUGCUCCCCAUCCUCCUCUUCAGCCAAGAUCCCUACGCCAAGACCCCAUGAGAGCCCUACACUCCCUCCUCCUCCUGUUCCUUCUUUGCACCCACCUGUCGGGGUUCCCCCUGGUAGCCCUCCCAUGGUGAUGACACCUCGGGGGCCCAUGCCCCUGCCUCUGUUCAUGGAGCAUCAAAUGAUGCAGCAGAUCCGUCCACCAUUUCUUCGCCAGUCUGCCCACCCUGCAGGGCCCAAUAGCCCCUUGUCAAACCCUAUGAUCCCUGGUAUUGGUCCACCACCUCCACCCAGGACCAUUGGUCCAGCAUCAAGCCCCAUGCACAGGCCCCUGCUGUCCCCACAUGUCCACCCUUCAUCAAAUCCAAACCCUGGUAUGAUGCCCCCUCAUCCUGGUAUCCACAUGCCAGGCCUGCCCCCUUUCCCCCCAGUCAACAUGAUGCCUAAUGGACGCAUUCCACUGCCCCCAAUGAUGAACUUUGGUAUGCCAUCCUUGGCCCCAUUGGUACCCCCUCCAACUCUCUUGGUCCCUUACCCAGUUAUUGUACCCCUUCCAGUCCCGAUUCCUAUUCCGAUCCCUAUUCCCUUUAGCUCUAAGAAUUCCAGGGACCAGUCAGAGAACAGCAGCCCAAUACGUGGUGCUCCAGAGUCCUCUGAAGGGUCAACAUCUGGGCUCAACACUACAGGUUCUUCUGGGGGUGACAGAGGGGAGCAGAAAGUAGAUUCAGCAGGGGCGGGGCAUGUCUCCUCUGUAUGCUCGGGCAGAAGCAGGGCAGCUUUGGUGGACUUGACUGUAAAGGCAGAGGAUGGUUCAGGUAACCUCUGUGCAAACAGUGGCCCAGGAAUGAUGGACGGGGUGAUUGAUUUAACUGUAGGUCAGAGGUCAUGCCAACCCCAGGUCAUUCAGAGGAUGCUGCCUGGAGUCAGGGUCAAAGUAGAAGCAGAGGCUGAGUCAAGAUCUCCACCAGCUGCAGGGCUUGGGAGGGAAGGGAAAGCCAGUCGUGAUGGGGAUGAAGGGAUUCUUUCCCAGAGCCUCCUCGCUGUGACAGAGCUGGAGGGGGCCACACAGCCUAACACACUGGAUUUACCAGGCUCACCCUCCAGCAACAGCAGCCCCUCUUGCAAUUCUGAUCCCAUGGUGAGCAAAUUGAAUCCCCAUACCUCUAGUCAAACUCCACCACCCUUCCCCAGCAUAGCACGGACCCAGCCCCAACCCUUGCCCCAGCUUCAAACUAACCCUGCUGCUCUGUGUAAUGUCAUAGUCAAUGGUACUGGAUGGCAUCCUCUUCUUCCUCCUGACUUUGAGUCUUGCCCUGAUCAGAGAGGAGACAGGAUUGCACCAGGAGAGGGAGAGGCAGAGGAGCAGCCAGCAAAUGGCGAGUUGGAGCGUGAGGCUCUGAAAGAGAACAAUUGCUCGGUUGCAGAUUGGGACCCUGGGAAGCGAGGCCCAGUACAAGAUGAGAUGGCGAACGCAGUGGAGGGGAAGCCAGACCCUGACUCCAACUUGGAGGAGGGUGAGCACGCCUAUGCCCUGCCGCUGCUCUCCACUGGAGGCUGUGUGGUCAUCCAGCCUGUGCCAAAGCCCGGCGCUGACAAGACGGCCAUCCUGUCCUGCUCCAUCAGUGCCCCUUUAUCGUCAGCUGGGAGCCCUGAGCUAGAGCCCCCGCUGAAGAGGAGGUGUUUGCGAAUCCGCAAUCAAAAUAAAUGA